CUUGUGUAUUCAUUAUCUUGCUCCACAUCACACAUCUAAAUAAAGGCACUCCUCCUCCACUCCUUCUUCCUCUCCACCAUCUUGCCUGGACCUCAGUGGGGCCUAGCAACCCACCCUGAUUAUCGCAGGAUAACAGUGAUCAACUACUCAAUGUUUAAAAUGUUUUCUGAAUGAGAAAUGUACUUUGAGAACUACCACAAUCCUUUUGGGUAGUGUUUCAUUUUUGUUUGGGACUGAGGGUAUGUUUUCCAGAUGUCUUUAUUUUAUAGGACAUUCCAGAUGUUAGAAUUCUAAUGCUCCAAAGUGCAAUCCAUUCAACGUUCUGUGUAUUACCAUGGAAAUGAUACCCAAUACCACCAGAUCAGCUCUACUGGGACACAGAGAACAAGCACAUAGGGUCAACCCACGGAGUCUUGUUUCUUUCAUUAUUUGAUCCUUGAAUCUCUGAGUAUUAACUCAGAUUUUGCCCCAUAGAACUAGUUACUUUGUUAAAAUUAGUAUUAUGAAAAUAUUGGAUUGUAGGGGGGAAAGCCUUAUUUUAAAUGAAGGUCAGUUGGAUCUUGGCAGCACAUCUGGCCCUAUAUUUACUUAGAAAUAAGCUCAAAUUGCACCAGAACUUGGAUUGCAUGCAGUAGAACAACCCUCUUAGACUGAAGCCAGCUGGUUGAGAGAGCACUUUUAAGCCAGGGAUGAGGCAUUUUGGCCUUCCAGGUGUAACUAGGCCACAACUCCCAGCAUCCCUGAUGGUUGGCUAUGCUGGCUGGUGUUGAUGGGAGUUGUGGCCCAACAACAUCUAGAGGGUCACAGGUUCCCUACCGCUGCCCAUGCAUUCUGCUUAGAGCUCCCUCUUCAAAGACACGAAGGCUGAAAUGUGAGGGCGAUCUGGCUGCGACAUCUGUCACCCCAUUGAUUGCCCGGGUUAAUUCGGCUGAUCUGGCCGGCUAGGCGGGUGUCCCCUCCCUCCCUCACCACUCCAUGUGCUUCUCUCCCAAAGCUGCACACUCGGUGGAAGAGGAUGACCAUCCCAGAUAGAAGGAGUGUACUGUUCUUCGGUCAAGUGUACAGUAUACAAUAGCUGUGCUCCCCUGCAUAGAACCUCCAAGCAAGACCAUGUCCCCUUUUGAGAUGGAUCCACUAUUAAGAGCUAAAGAGCUGAACUGGGCCAGAGCAAGGGUCCGUCUGGCCCAGUAUCCUGUUUCCAACAGUGGCCAGUAAGCCAGAUGCUUCUAGGAAGCAGGGCAAUCAAGUUAGUGGUUCUUCUUCACUGUUUGCUUUCCUUGCACCUAACACUGAGAGGCAUAUUGUGCCUGAAGGUCGAGGUUCAAUUUAGGUGGCAGAGCUAAUAGCUGGUUUUAGGCUAAUCCUUCUUCACGAGUUGGUCUACUCCUUUUACAAAGUCACCUAAGUGCCAGACAAGUUCUGAUGGUAGCAGAUUCCAUGUGUAGAAUUAGGAUUGCCACCAACUCCCUAUAAAUCCUGGGGUAGACUGGGUGAUUUCAAGUAUAGCAUUGGUGGGAAAAUAGGAACUAAACCCAGCCACGUCCCACUCACCCUUAACAAAAAUGUUUCUUCUGUUCAAGCAACCUCAGCCAGGAGAAAACUAAAUGGGGCACAGAGAGGAUGAGGGGUCUGCUCCUUUUUCUGCAUAGCUGUCAACUUUCAGAUUUGAAAAUAAGGGAUCAGCAGCCUCGAAAAUAAGGGAUCAGCAGCCUCACCUGUCCUGGGGACAGUCUACGGGAUAUUUAACAAUCUGGGAUAGCAGCGGGAAACGGUGCUGGAAUAAGGGUAUUUCAACAAAAAGGGAAGGUUGACAGCUAUGUUUUUUUGGUAUGCUGUGUUUUACAUCUCCUCCCUCUUCAGAGGAAUCCGUAAGAUACAGACAGAGUCCUGCAGUCAGCAUCAUGUCUGGCUGCACCAAAAGCAGUAGCCUGCCAUCAUGAGAAUAUUCAUGCUGAAUCAGGCCGAGGCUCGUUUAGUAUAGCGUCCCAUUGUCAUUGUGGCCAACCAGGUUCCUGUGGCAAACCAUUGCAAGAACAUGAAGCAUAUCAGCACUCUCUCCACUUUAAAAAAAAAGUUUUUAUUAAAGGUUUUCUUGGGUUACAAAAGUAUUUACAGUGUCUCUGUUUUCCAUUCAUAGAAUCUUUUCUACAGAUCAGUUAUACUUGAUGUGAGACACUAAUGUUAUAGGCACUCUUCCCCAUUUGUGAUCACCAACAAAUGGUAUUCUGAGGCAUCCUGCCUCUGACAGAGGAGGGGGGACAUUCUAGUGAGUUGCCAUUGGCAGUGUUAUCCUCAAUGAAUUUCUAGUGUGCCUUUAAAGCCAGCUUUGGGGAGUCAAUUCCAAAAAAAUUAUUUAUCUGAAUCUACUCCCAGUUUCAUUGGGUAACCCAAGUUCUAGUCUUAGAGGAAAAAGAAAAAUUUAUUUCCUCCAUUUAUAAUUUUAUACACUUUUAUCAUUUUCCCCUUCUUCUAAACCAAAGCACUCCAAAACGUUUAGCCUUUCCUUGGAGUGAAUGUGCUCCAACGCACUUGGGUGAACCUUCUUCUAAAUUAUUAUUUUAAAAACAUCCUUGUUGGGAAGGGCGGGAGAGAAUCAGAACUGGGCUUAAGUUAAUUCCGGGCAGGGGACAGCAAGAAGAAUUUGCAGAGCCGGACACGCACCACGUACUACUUGAAUAAAUGAGAAUUUGCGGGAAGGGGCCAGCGCGGGAGGCCACCUCACUUUCCCCGCGCCCAGUGGGAGGGUCAUGCCUGCCUCCCAACAUGGUGGAGGUGUGCAUGGGAAGGAGGGCGGGCGCGCGCGCGCUUGCUUGCUUGCUCCAGCCGCGGCUGCGGCUCCUUUGUGUCUCUCCCUCUGCCGGAGAAAAGGGUUGGGGCGCUCGCUUGCAGCCUAGGCAAAGAGGAAGCGUUAUGCCAGGAGGAAAGGGUUGGGGGGAGAGAGGGAGGGAGGGAGCAGGAGGAAUCCCAGCCUCCUCUUUGCCGCGUGUGUUUGUAAGUAAGAUCAAUGGAGCUGCAGGCUCCCCCCACCAGCGCCAGGCGGCCUGCUUACUGCAAGGCGCGCACGCGCCCCACCCACCCCGGGCUGCAGCUCCAUUCCACCCAACCCUCUUACACCGCCUGCUCCUCCUCCCCCCCCCCACCGCGCACCCGGGGCAAUUACCUGUCUGCAAGCCCCGCCCCCGCGCUGAUUGACGGCCCGGAUCACGUGGGGGAGGGAAGAGGAGCAGGAGGAGGACGCCGGGGCGGGCGCUCGCACCUGGAGCUGGAGGGGAGGGAAAACCGGACGGGGAUGCGCUCGGCUGGGGCCGCCGCUACCGCCACCGCCACCAGCUCGUUCUGCGCCGCCGCAGGCCGAACCCAGCUCCUGCGCCCGGUGGAGGGGCCAUGGUGGCUGCUGCCCCUGCUGCAGCCGCGGCCAUGAGGAAAAGCUUCCUGGUCCCCGAGAUCAAGCCCUUGGAUCAGUAUGACUUCCCUCGGGCGCGCAGCGCCGCCAGCCUGGCCUGGGUGCUCGCCAAGGGCUACGGGGGUGCAGGUACGGCGGGAGCCCCGCGCGGGGAAGGGAGCGGGCAGCCCGUUGGCGGGGUCGGGGUUUCUUUCCCUUCCUGAUCUCCCUUCCGAGGAGGAGGGGCGGGAUCUCCAGUGGCUGCGUGUGAGUUAAGGAGAGAGGAAGCCGUGAUUCCCGUCCCCCCCUCCCGCCUUCGACCCGAUCUCGCCGUCCCUGGCGGGCUCCUGGGUUUGUGUUUCUUCUGCCUGCUCCUCCCCGGCUAGGAUAAUAUGUCCGCCUCCCCAUCGCGCUCGGCUCCGUGGGAUGCCCUACCUGCUAUAGCACCCGGGGAGGGAUGGGAUGGGGUGGGCUGCCUUGGCAACCAGCCCUGCUGCUUCCAUCCCACCCUUUCAGCGCUAACAAUGGGCUCCGCUCGGUCGCCGCCUUCUCGACUAGAUAGCCCGGGUGGGGCUGAGGUGGAGGGGGGAGCGACUCGAGUCUGCUCCUUUCUUCCUGGCGAGGGUCGCCUAAUGUCUCUCCCCACGCAGGUGCCGGGCUUCCCCAGGUGUGGACAGAGCUGUGAUUAGGAGAGGGGAAUUGGCGUCUGGGCUGGGAGGGCGCCUUUUCUGUAGGUCGAAGUGGGGCGUGUGAGGGGAGGGGGAGGCUGCCAUGAUAGCGGAGGGGUGGGUGGGUAGGUGUUCUGCCAUGUCUGCUGCAGCUCAUUUGCUAAGAGCAGCCCUGGGUAAGCCUCAGCCCCCCCCCUUCACUAAGCUCAAUUCCUCCCUGGCUUUUUGUGUUGCCUUUUGUUAACAGUGUUGGCAGCACCUGCAUGACUAGCAUACUGUUAGGUGAGAUCAGAGCUGAAACAUGCUCUUCCCUGGGGUCCAGCUGGUCUGCGGAGCCUGAGGGUGUCAGUGCCGCCCCACCCUGCUUAGUGACAGCAUUCAUUUGCAGAAGCCGAGAGCAGGGCGCUGCUGUUGGUGUUUACCUUUGCUAAGUGGCAUUAUUUUGUGGCGUUAAAUUCCUCCAGGGGAAGCCCUGCCAAUGGGUGCCACCAGAACGGCCCCAGCUGUGGAGCUGUAUUCUGAGGCUAAGCUGUGGCAGCUGGAAGGCAGGGGGGAGAGAGAGAUGGGAGGUAACUAGAAAGGCUUCUGUGCUUGUACUUGAUCCUCUGGUUUUGCCAUCUCGGUAAGGACUACUCAAGGACCACUUUGCAUCUUUAGCUUGGUCCUCUUCAGCUCCUUGGCAGUUCUGGGCCCAGGACUGUGCUCCUUUCCUUGGCAACCCUGGGCUCUCCCCGCUGUUCCCUUUGUCUCUGCCAGGCCUGGAAUUAAUGUUCUGUGAGGAUUUGCAGAUUGGCGUUGCUUUCAUGCAUGAUGGAGGAGGAGGAGGGGAGGGGGGAGCAGACAAUCCCUAGUGGGGGAUUGACCUUCUUGCUGUUGCUUCAUAGAAGUGUGUGCUCUUUGUCGCUGCUCUGGUGCCCCCGCUAACCCAGAUCCCUCUCCUGGCUUCGCCCUCUCUGCUGCCAAAAGGGUGGUGGGCCAGCCUGUGCGCUUUGUGUUCAUUGAGAAGCCAUGCUUCCUUCGCGUUGCUCCACAACUGUCAGACUUGUAAGGAUUUGCAGAGUAGGGGGGGAGUGUUCUAUGGAUGAAGUAGCCUAAGCACGACUUACAUGGCAAGGUGGAGGUGUGGGUAAGUGAGACGGCCCUUGACAGUGGCUUCUAAAGGUAUAAGGAGCUUCAUGUUGCUGGCAUACCUGUAGGCAGAAGGCUACCAGCUAGUGUGUGACAGGCCUUCCUCAUUGUGUAUGGGCUGCUAUGGGGAGGGGAGGAGAGGAUGACGACAACGGGUGUUCCUCUGAGGCUGUUGACCUGAAAGUAACAUAAUAGGGUUUGAAGCCUGCUGGUCCACAGCCAGCUCUGGAGCUGGGAGCAACAGGAAUGGCUUGCAAGGUUGUGUGACAAUGAAUAACCAGAGUCUCUCUCCCUCCCUCCCGCAACUGAGGGCCUUUCUGCCCAGAAGCUGUUUUCUUCUUAGAGACUAAAUGUACCCUGCUUCUGGGCUGAGGUGGGAACCACCAUUCCGUGAAGCAACAGGAGGACAGUGAAUUGCUGUGCUUGGUGGAUGUUGAAGUGCCUUGUGUGUGUGUUUCUGUGUGUGUAUUCACAGGCAUGUAUUUGGAUGACCAGUUCUCUCAUUUGGAGUUAGUGUAAAUAUAGGAUCUGGUCAAGCCCAAGCGAGAACAGGUUCCCCUUGUCCCUGCCCUUCCUUGUCACCCCGAUGACACACCAAACAGUACACUUUGGUGGUGGAAAGGAGAGAGCCUUGUCAUUUGCCUUGGAUGGAGGCCAGGGCGAUCAGCCUUGCUCAGCCAGUGCUGGGUUCAAAGUCUAGUGAAGUGUGUCGAGAAUGUGCUUGCUAGGGUUUGCCAUAGUUUUCCGAAUAGAGCCUGAAAACCCAUUCGGCCUGCAAGGCAAGCCUUUAUGGAAGCGGCACCUGCUUACCUCACGUCAGAAAAUGCACAUGGCACUGCUUAGCAUCUGCUCCUGAAAUAAGCUACUGGUCAUGGUGGGAGUCAUCAUUCGGCUUCAAGCCAGGGAUUUUUUGCGACUGCUAUAUGAUCUAAAGGAACAGUGUGGGGGCUGUAGAAAGUUAAUGUGAAAUGGCAAAGAAAUACAUGGAAGUGGCUUUUUCAAGUUUUACACGACAAAAUUUUAAGUAAUUUCAGUAUGCAUUUGAAAAUAAAGAUCUGCAAGUGAAACUGAGUGCCAGCUUGCUUUACUAGACACACUGCUGCCUGCACUUAUUUCUUCACCAAUAAGUAAAAGAGCCAGAUGCUUUUAAUUUACUGAAAGCCAAAUGAGGAAGGGACUUGGAAUUCCCUCAGCCCAACCUGUAGCUACAGGGCCUAUGACCCAAUGCUACGUAUUACUCAGCUGAUACAUCCGGCAACUGGUCCCUUUCCCAUAACUGGGUCAGGAACUGGCUAACCUCUGCCAGGUGUCCUGAUUGGCAUUGCUGUGUUUGUUGCACACCCAAAGCAGUUGCUAGUAAUUAUGUGCAAUGUUGUAGCACCCUGAGGUUAAUUCCCUAUAUUACUUGUGAUCCCCUUUGUGUUCGUUCACAAACUGGGGUAAUCCCCACCCUCAAGGGUUUGUGGCAACGGGUGGGGCAGGAAAUGGAGGAGGAGUGGGAGUGACCAGAGUGAGGCUCACCAGCUGAGAUAGGUGUACACACGCAAAUGGCGCUGUGGUCUAGACCACUGAGCUUCUUGGGCUUGCCGAUCGGAAGGUCAGCGGUUCGAAUCCCUGUGACGGGGUGAGCUCCCGUUGCUCUGUCCCAGCUUCUGCCAACCUAGCAGUUCGAAAGCAUACCAGUGCAAGUAGAUAAAUAGGUACCGCUGCGGCGGGAAGGUAAACAGCAUUUCCAUGUGCUCUGGCACUUGUCAUGGUCCUCCGUGUGCCAGAAGUGGUUUAGUCAUGCUGGUAAUAUGACCCAGAAAGCACCGAUACGACCCACAAACAUCGGCUCCCUUGGCCUGAAAAGUGAGAUGAGUGCCACACCCCAUGGUUGCCUUUGACUGGACUCGACCGUCUAGGGGUCCUUUACCUUACCUUUACACACCUAUUGCUUGGCUAGUGGGAUGGGUCAUAGCUCAGCGACAGAAGCAUCUGCUUUGCAUGUAAAAGAUCCUGUGUUCAAUCCCUGGUAUAUCAAUGUAGGACUGGGAGAGAUUGCUGCCCAAAGUUCUGGAGAGCUGUUGCCAGUCAGUGUAGAGAAUACUGAGCUAGAUGGACCAAUGGUCUGACUCAGUAUAAGGCACAUUUCUAUGUUCCUGGUAAUCCAGUUAGGAGGACUGAGCCCUGCUCUCCCAUUAACCGCUGAUUCAGUUUCACUUGCCGUUCUGUAGGUUAAACAGGUGUGGCUGUCUGGAUAUUGACUCCUGUCUCACCUUCGCCCAGUGGCAAGUUCUUCCUCCACCAAAGACACCAAGAAUAAAGCAAGAUCUCAACUCAUGGGCAGCUUAUCCUUGCAUUGCUCCCUCAGCCAAACUGUACCCUGGUCUGUAGUGCAGGCAUACGAAAUGAAAUGUUGCCCCUUUUCCCCAAAUGGCAAUUUAUAUACAAAUCAAACCCAGCCAGUUUCACCCAGUCCUGAGCCAUAGCGGAUGCUUUUUGCACUUUAGCAAAACUACCUGGAGUCUUCUUGAAACCACAGAACGGAAGGCCUAAAAUGUGAUACACAAAGCCCAGUAUGGGAGAAGAAAACAUUUAUGGCAGCGGGAUGGAAGAUGCAUGGGUACAGCAGUGCUCUGUACUUCAGUGUCCUAGGUACAUGAAUGCUUUCUGCCCCCCUAGAAAGGCACCUGAGGCUUGGAUCAUCUAGUUUAACUCAGUCCUAGGACGGGGCUCCUCCUGCCUGUUGCUAGUCAGACAAGAUGUUUCAGAGACCAGCCUGGGCAGCUUGCUCUGCUGUCCAUUGUUCUGUGAAUCCAUUUUGCGGCAACUGGGACCCAUGGCUAUUUAUCAUUCCUGGUUCUGGUGAAUGGUGGCUGUACCUAUUCUUCGGGUAGUUCUCAAUGUUUUAUUCCUAGUAUAUGGCAUUUGGGACUGCAGAGCUCUUGAGUUCAAGGCCCCACUUGGCUUUGGGGAAAUCAUCAUCAUGUAUCAGCCUAACAAACCUGAUGCAAUUAUGGUGAGGAUAAAAUGGGUGAAUCCAUGAACAUUGCUUUGUGCUUCUUUUGGGAGGAGACAUGGCUUAGAAAUGCAGAUAAGUAAGUGACAUAUAGAUGUCUUAUAUCAGGCACCCCCAAACUUGGCCCUCCAGCUGUUUUGGGAUUACAACUCCCAUCAUCCCUAGCUAACAGGACCAGUGGUCAGGGAUGAUGGGAGUUGUAGUCCCAAGCUAGAGGGCCGAGUUUGGGGAUGUCUGUCUUAUAUGAAAAAAGGACAGGAUAAAAACCUUCCUUUUCCACCUGUAAAAUGAUUGUCGUCUUUAGCCUUUCUAUAUAUAUUAUUUUGCUAGCCCUUCAAAACAUUCCUCUGAAUCUUGCCCUCGUGUUCCUAGAAGGUAAUCUCUAAGUAGAACCUUUUACUACUUCUUUGUGGUUUGCUUCAGUGAGUGAAGCUAUGUUUUUUAAAACAACAACACCUCAUUGCCAAUUCCUAUUUAGUUUAUGUUGAUUCAAAAGUCUAAGUCCUCCUUUUGAUUCUUUGAGUGCCUUGCUUGUUCCUUGAUUUUGUAAAGCUACUUUGGAGCUGUGUGCAAUUACUAGAGGCCCUGGAUGGGGGCGGUGCCUUGUCUUCAGUAUAAAAUAUCAACCUUAUUUAUUUAAUUUGUCACUUUUUUCACAGAAGUGACUCAAAGCAACUUACAAAAAACAACAUUAAAACCAAGCAUUAAAAAACCCAACCAAGAAUGAAAUAGGAACCGAUCCAGAAAAUGGUCCACUGAUGUUAUUUUACUGCUUGCACUUCAAUUAGUCAAGGACACUUGUUUUAAUCCUGCCCUGUGUGGCGUCCCAAAUUCCUUUGAACUUUUACAUUAUCUACAAAGUUGAACAUAUUACCUGUUUCUGCGAGUAAUGAAAAUGCUGAAUAGCACUACCUCCUAGGAGAUAACUCCUUUUGGACAUCACACAACAACGCCUCCAGGCUCCCCCCCCCACAUACUUUUUAAUGCCUUAUUGGUUGUUCUUGUGCAGCUUGAAAGAAUAAGGGUUGCUUUCCUCAUGGUAGUGCCCUCUGAUCCACCUGCCAAAGAAUAUUCCACCUGCCAAAGAAUGUGUGGAACCUUCUCCUAGAGACUAACCUACUACAGAGUGACAUUGAUGGGGCAAGGCCAUGCCUCAGUGCUAAAGCAUUUGCCUUGAGCACAGAAGGCCCCAGGUUCAAUUCCCAGCAAAUCCAGGUAGGGCUGGGAGGGACUCCCUGCCUGAAACCCUGGAGAGCCUCUGGCAGUCUGUGUAGACAAUACUGAGCCUGAUCAGCCAACCGUCUGACUCAGUAUAAGGAAGCUUCUUAUGUUCCACAUUGGUUUGGUCUUGGCAAGUCCAUGUUGGUUGUUAACGAUCACCUCAUUUUCUUCUACAUUGCAUAUAUUAUUUUUUGAUGAAUUUGUUCUCAUAACGUCUUAUAGGUAGACAUUGGGCCUGUAAUCUCCUGGUUUCUACUAUUCUCCCUGUUAAAUAUAGAUUGGUAGCUAUUUUUUGCUAGUCUGCUGGAACCUCACUUGUCUUGAGAGAUUUCUCAAAGAUGACUGUUAGCAGCUUUGAGAUUUCUACUUCUAGUUCAUUUAGCAUUUCAGGGUGUAUUUUGUUGGGAGAUUGAUGCAGAUAUUAACUAGUUCUGCCAUUCCUUUCACAUCUCUUUGAUCCGAUCUGGCAACCAUGUGUGUGUGUGUGUGUGUGUGUGUGUGUGGGAAACUGAAGUGAGUUUGACUCUUCUUGUGAAAAAGGACUGAAACAGGUAUGCUGCGGUCUCCUCUGGUGCCGUUGGAUUUCACUUGUUGACCAUGAAGUUGUGUAUUCAUCUACUAUGGAAUCCUGUUCUGUGCACCAUUUUACCUUAUUUUGGUAGGGAAUGCCUUACCAUGUCAGGCUAGAUUGGCACAAACCGAAUCCUCUGCUAAGUGCUUGCUAUAGUAGCCUGAACUGGUGCCAGGUCAGUUAUUGGUAGGAUCCCUUGUUGGUACUUCCCUGAGAUCUUCUGGUCCUUUCUAACUGUGCCAUAGAUGCUUGUUGCUGAGGGCCUAUUUUUUCCCAUUGGCCCUGCCUAGCACUGACCUGACAACAUGCACAGCUAUGUAUGCCCUGUAAAUCCUGUGCUGAGGAACUUUGAACGUCUGCUAGGCUUUGAACAGUAGAGAACCCAGAGAUACUCUGUAUCUUACAGGUGCUCAAUCUGGCUCAGGAAUUAUGACUGCAGGCACAUCCAUAUUGCCAUAUAUCAGGGAUGGGGCACCUUUUCCAGUCCAAGGCCCUCAUUCCCAUCUGUUGUGAGGGGGUUGUCAGUGGUGGGUGAGUCUGGAGGCAAUGGUGGGUGCAGGAGCACAUGUAAAUGUUACCUUUGUACAGCAGGCAAGCUUCCACAUACAAUCCUCUUUUGUCUGGACAAGGAAGAGGAGUUAUUAAGGAUACACAUUCCGACCAGGCAGAAGCUCUUUGUGUGUGAAGCAGUGCCAGUGGGAAAUCUGGCCUGGAGAGAGUUCUGAGGGCUAGAUACAGAAGCCUGGGGGCCACAUUUGACCGCCCCAGGCCUGAUGUUCACCUGUGCAAGGGGAGUAGGGUGGGAAAGAGAAACAAGAUCCCAAAUUAACACUUCACAACAAAGGGCUUGCCUUGGUUAACCUUUGGGAUAUUAGCAAAACUGUUGGUUGCUACUGAAGUAGCUGUUUUCCAUUUAGACCCUGCCUUCAGUUCCGUUCUGCAGCUUGGACCUUCACUUUUACUUCCUGUGGUACCAUAUUAUGCAUCCCACCUUUGCUGGGAUGCAUAAGCCCAAGAACCGCCACUGGAACAUGGCACGCACAUAUCAUAAGGGGCCCUACUCUUAACAUUAUGCUUUGUAGAAGCUGACAUGCUGCUUGACCUCUCUUUCAGCAGGUGCUGGCAGGCCCACCUUACUACCUGCAACUCGGCGUAACCCUGAAUUUUGCCUAUAAUUGCCUGUGUGCAGGUGCUGUCUGUGCCCCUGCUGUUGAUUGCCUUGCCUGUUUGCUUAGUCUCCUUCUCGUGUCCCUUGACUUAAGCAGCCCUUACUCUCUUGUAAGGAGUCGGAAACCACUGGUGGGAACGAGGUUCUCACGUCUUUGUAGCUGUGGAGAACGUCCUUGCAGGUGGGAAGAGAUUUGAAUUCUGCUCUGUCAUGCCAGCUAGAGUGGGGUGGAAGUUGCCUGACAUUUCCCAGCAACUCCCCUUUCUUGGCUGUGCCUCCAAUCUAGUUUAACCUGCUGGAGGCACCUAACAUGACCAUGAGCUUGACAGCCUUUGCCUCAUGGUGCUUGCUGGAAAAUGGGUGGGUUUGUUUCGCUGCUGUGCUGAUUGGGUACGAGAUGGUGCGAGAGCUUCUCCCAAAAUGCAGCGCACACCCACUUCUGUCAAGGACCUCACUUAGGGAGUGUCAUUUGGCAUAGCAGUUUUUCAUUUUCCGCUCCACCCCCUCUCCUGGCAAUCCUAUAGAUGUUGCUGGACUCCAUCUCCCACUGGCCCCAUCCAGAGUGACCAGUGGUCAGGGAAGAUGGGAGUUGUAGUUCAGCAACAUCUGGAUGGCCACAGGUCAGAGGAUAUUUUCCCAACCAUUUUCUGUGUAGUAGGAUAUUUGUUCAAAGAAAGGGCUUCCAAAAUGACCAGUGGGCUGGGCCAAGUCCCCAAUGAGGAAAGUUUCUAACAUUUGAGAAUGUUUUUUAGCUGAGGAAAGAAGCAAGUAACGUGCAACAUGGUAGAGGUGUUUUAACACUUUUGCAUGAGAGAGAGAGAUAAGUUCUUCUCCAUCUCUCGUAAUAUUAGAAUCUGGAGCUGUCCAGUGAAGCUGAUUCAGGACAGAUACGGAAGUACUUCACACAGUGCAUAGCUAGAACUAUGAAAUUUGGUCCCACAAGAGGGACUACCAAUUUUGGUGGCUUUAAGAGGGGAUUAGACAAAUUAAUGGUGGAUAAGGCCUUAAAUGGCUGCUCGUCCUGAGGGCUUUAUUAUCUCCCAUAUUGGAAGCAGCAUGCCUCUGAAUACGUUGCUAGGGAGCAUAAGCGGGAGGGUGGCGUUGGGUACAUGUCCUGCUUGUGGGUUUCCCAGGUUGGCCGCUGUGGGGAAACAGGAAGAUCCAGCAGAGCUCUUACAUGAAAUUGGAAGCAUACGGCCGUCCUGUGCCUUGAUCCUGUGCAGGCCUACUGACAUUGUCUUGCAGCUGGCAUGCCUCUGGAUUUCAUAAGAUUGCCCCUUAAGCUGCUGGCUGCCUCUGUGCCCCUCCCUCUUGCCUGGCUGUAACCCUGCCACAGAGCUGGAGCUGCGACCUUGGCCGUCUGAGAGGGUGGGGGAGGCGGUGGCUGCUGCCCUGCUUGUUUUUCUCUUUAAUCCGGCUGCUUGGCUAAGGCUCCCAUAUGCAGGUUUCCCCUGCCUCAAGAAUGGUUUCUGGGCUUGAGUCAAAUGCCUUUGCCCCUUGAGUCCUGUAUCACACUCUGCUUGUUGCCUCCUUCAGUGUACCUGUCAGUUUCUGCUUCUGAUCUGUGCCCAACACCCUCUAGACUUCUUCAGUCAGAGAGCCUCAUGCCAAUGGUGGGCAGAGCCAGAGGCAAAUGUGGAUGGAGCAACAAAUGUAAUAAUAAUAAAAAUAAAUGUUAUUAUUUAUACCCUGCCCAUAUGUACACUGGGCUGGUUUCUGCACACUCUUACACCUUUCUCUGACCUCCAUUCAAACAGACAAGAGGCAUUAUCAGAGCUCAAGGACGCAUUCUAGCCAUACAGAGCAGGAUUGCACAGCACCCUGAGGGCCAGAUAGGCGCAAAGGGCCACAUUUGGCCCCUGGGGAUGGGGUUCCCCUUCCUACUCUAGAAUAUAAACUUAUCCAUGAAGUUUACGGCAGGGAGAAAUUACCUCCCUCACCCAUCUUGGUCGUAUUUGUUAUUUUAUUUGGAAUAUUUUUAUUCUGCCUUUCUAUCAAGAAAAGACAUUAAUAAUUGUAAUUCCCUGAAAACUUGAUUCUAUGUUGGGACCGAGAAAUUUAGGCCCCUGUUUACAGGGACAGUAGAAUGUGGGGGCAGAGUUGCCUACAGGUUUUCAGAUGGUGGUCUACGAGCGCCAUUGAGGUAGACCAUGAAAUGAUUGUGAAUGUCUGUACUUCGGCCUGCACAUGAUUUAUACUUUGUUGGCAGUGGAAGAUGAGGCCAUGUUGGUCGGGAGCGGAUAAGGUCCAAUGAUGUCCUGGCUUAAGGCCUGUGAUUUUCAUUACAGUGGUACCUCGAGUUACAUACGCUUCAGGUUACAGACUCCGCUAACCCAGAAAUAGUACCUCGGAUUAAGAACUUUGCUUCAGGAUGAGAACAGAAAUCGUGCUCCGGUGGCACGGCGGCAGUGGGAUGCCCCAUUAGCUAAAGUGGUGCUUCAGGUUAAGAACAGUUUCAGGUUAAGAAUGGACCUCCGGAAUGAAUUAAGUACUUAACCCGAGGUACCACUGUAUAUGGUGCUGGUGCAGUUCACUCAUUUUUACCUUAAAACAACAAUUGAAGGGACUCUUCUCAGUGCCUUGACCUACGGCUCAUUAUUUUUAUGAUCAGGUUCUGGUUUUGAGAAUGCCAGCCCUGAAGGAUGAGAAGUUUAUGAAGUGGUUUGUCAAGAUCCCCAACAAUUUUUAAGUGGUCCAUUGGGGGGCGGGGAAGAGAUUGAGAACUGACUAUACUUGUUGAGGAAUUAAUUGAGCAGGGCACAAUUUUUGAAAUCUCGUGCAGGUUAAAAACAAAGGGCAUAAUGGGGAGACGUUCUAGCCUAUCUCCGACUCUCAGCUGUGCUAAUUUUCUACCUGAAGUGGUUUUUUUAAAUGACAAAGCAUUCAAAGAUGUAAAACCUCCAUAUCUAUUAAAGGAGCACUGUCCUAUUUUACCACCUUGAGACUUGACCACCUCAGUCCCUUGCUAUGUAUUGAUCUAGUCUGCAUAUCUGACUUUCAGUUCCUCUGAAACAAGAGUCCUGCUGAUUAACAUUACAAAUACAGUGGUACCUCGGGUUAAGAACUUAAUUCAUUCUGGAGGUCUGUUCUUAACCUGAAACUGUUCUUAACCUGAGGUACCACUUUAGCUAAUGGGGCCUUCCGCCACAGCCGCGCGGUUUCUGUUCUCAUCCUGAAGCAAAGUUCUUAACCUGAGGUACUAUUUAUGGGUUAGUGGAGUCUGUAACCUGAAGUGUCUGUAACCCAAGGUACCACUGUGUAUCUUUCCUUGAUUUGUUUGGACUCUGUGCUCCCUUUUCACAGACCCUUGCCAUCUAAAGCUGUAGAGUAGCAGCCUUUUGCCAAACUUGGCUCCCUGGAUUGGACGCCAACACUCUCAUCUCCAGCCAGCAUGGACAGCAGCCAAGCAUGAUGGGAGUUGUAGUCCAAAAACAUGAGGAGUAAGAGGAGUCACCUUUUCUUCCCCAUGUCCCCAUCCACUUCAGUGGUCAUGCUGGGGAGGCAGGCCGUCCAUGGGAGGAAUUCAAUGUCACACUAAGGAGAUUGUUCAGUCAGAGGAAGCAUUUUUUAAUCUCUCCUCUGCUCCAUUGCGCAUUCUUCUGGGGGGUUCUCCCAAUCCCUCCCGAGCCGUUUCUGGGGGUGAGGAAAAGCUCUAUUAUGAUAGCGGGGAAACCCUUGCCUGGAUUUCUGCUAGUGGGACCAGUUACCUGAAUCUUGCCUCAUAUUUGCCUGCUUCCUGGUGAUAGCAAGUUCCAUCUUUCCUCAUGAGUUUUCACUACGCUGUUUCGCCCUCUUCUUAGUUUGUUCAGACCUAACCUUCCUGAGAUGCAGGCUGUGCUGUUGCAUCAGUGCGAUCAUUUCUCACCAGAGUUGCUGUGUGGACGAGUGCUUUAGAGGAAGCACCCUGUGCUGGGUAGCAAGCCUAGAAUCAUAGAGUUGGAAGGGACCACAAGGCCUGAUGGAUAACGGCAAGGAUGUGUUUUGUAUGUGUGUAAUGUAGCACUGAUGUCAUUUCAGGGCACAGUACUUACGCCCUGGAGCCUGUGUUGCGUGUUGGGGCCUGUUGUCAGGUGGGGGUGUGGUGCUAUGCCGGAGACAGGUUUUGCCUUCGCCCCUCUGGCUCUUGCAUAGUUCCUGGGGCGCUCUUGUCACGUGUAAUUGUACAAGCCCCUGCAGCUUCAGACUGCAGCCAAAUAGGCUUGCCGAGGCCUAUGGAUGCUCUGUGGUGGGGCAGUCUGAAGCUGCUGCGCAAGAGGUUGGUGCAAGGCUCCUUGGUUCAUUCCCCUUCUAGCCUUACCUGCUGGGACUGGGGCCUGAUCUGUGAGGCACGUGCCAGUGACUUCUGGAUGGAGUGUGGUUCCUGUAGAUAAUGCCCACUUCCUGUGUCCCAACAAACUGCGAAACCUGUGUUAGAAUUGUCAUUUGAGGCACUUCAGGGCACAUCCCCAUCAUUAAGUCAUGACUUAACGUGGAUUAGUAAGUGCUGAAGGUGUUUUAACCACAUGAGUCUUUGCUACCUAAGGCCCAAACUGUGUGCUAAUUUUAAACAUGUAUAAUGGUAGCUCAGGGACCCUUUUGGAAUAGGGGAAAACACUCAGUUUCCAGUGGAGGCUACUGAAAGCGCUUGGGAGAGACAAUCCUUUUUUCUCAUGGCUGUCCAAAUCUUUCUCUCCACCCCACCAAGGCUUUUCCCUCUGCGGGGUUUCAGAUGCAGGUGUCUGAAGGCCAAACUAGAUGUGGCUUUCAGUUCAUUGUGGCAUGUGGUGUUAAAUAUGCCUGUGAGGGAUUUCUGUGGCUCAGUGGUAGGCCAUAGGGUCAGCAGCAGAGCAUCUUCCUUAAAUGCAGACGGUCACAGGUUCAAUCCCUGAAUUUCCAGGUAAAGCUGGAAGACGCUUGCCUGGAAUCCUGGAAAGCCACUGCCAGUCAAGGUGGACAAUAAUGGGUUAGGUAGACCAGUUGUGUAACUCAGUAUAAGUCAGCUUCCUAUCUUUCCACAAUGCAAAUAUUUGCUUCAGAAUAUUUGUCUUAGGACCACAGCAAGGAAAGGACUAGCUAAGCUCCCCUUCCAUGUCUGGUACUGUCACAAUAGUUGACAGCCCCCUCACCUGUGAUGCUAUUUGAAUUUAAAAAUAAAAAAUAGACCUGCAAGUUAAAUGCUUUGUGUCUGGUUUGGAGUUGAGAGAGCACAACAUUGCUGGGAGCGCUGAGGCUGAGAGCAAGGACUGUUAGCUUCCUUUCCCAGGCUUGGGAGUUCCCACUUCUCUGAAACAUGAUGAGGCUCUCAUUUGGAAGGUGUUCUCGUUGCACCAUGGCGUGUCCCUGCUUUUCUGAAGUUUGUUUGAAGGAAUCGGCACAGUGAUAUUUUAUUAAGUUUUUGCCUGCAUUUCCCCCUAAGACCUGCGGGCCCAAAGCUGAUCCUAAUCAUGUGCUGCCACUCAUCUCCCAUUGCAAUUAUGUCUCCAUGAUGCUUUUCUCUCUGUGUCCUUUGUGGCUACAAGCUUACCACAUUGGGAUGUUGCCUGGCAUCAUUUUUGCUGCUCAUUAAAAGUGCAAAAGCUCAUGCCAGGAUGGCUGGGGGCAAGGGAAGAGCAGUGGCCCUGGAUAUAAUUGUUGGAGAGCUUGUGUUGUUUGGUCUGCUCUUUAUGGUUCAGAUUCUUUUUAUUAAGUCAGUGGCCUAUGUGGCACAGUAACUCCCUGUCAUGAGAGCUGGGCUUAUACCUUUCUAGCAUCUCACUGGGUGUCAGAUUAAUAUCUUAAUGUGAAGAGCAAACUAGACGUGACAUUUGUUCACUUGAAUGUCUGAUUUUAAAACAAGAAGUAGCCAAUGACUCUACGCAGAUUGGGACCAUGGCAUGGGAGAUAGAGGGGCUUUAAACCUUUGCCUCCCACUACAGUCCUGCUUGGAGUUAGCGAAUAACCCCUCUCUAUAUCUGGUUUUUGUAAAAAUCAGAAAACUCUUGAUGCCUAUUUUCCUCACAGUCCUUCCUUGCUUGCUACCUUAUUUCUAUUGUCAAUAGCAGGUGUGAGGACCUGAUUCUAGUAAGUACCCUAGUGGGGACAAAGGGUUAACACCCCCCUGCCCUCCCCACCCCCAGCAUGGUUUCUAUUCAACUUUGUUCCCUCUGCACGUGCUGUUUAUUUCAAAUUAACAGCCAGACGAAUUAAAGCCAAGUGCCAAAUGUCACAUCUGAUUUUUCCCCAGGCUGGCAAGACCCCCUUAUCAAGUAGCCCCUUCAUCUAUUGUGAAGUACAAAACAAUAAUAUCCCCCUUGAGGUUGGUGAAUCAGGACUGAGCUACUCUUCACGUGAGUUCUUGCGAAGCUUCAGUGACAGGUUCUAUCUAACUUUCACCAUAUCUAGUCUUUCCCCUUUGUGCUUCCCUUACAUCUGGUGUGGUAAGGAAUGCAGAUUCCAAAGAUCAACCUUGGUUUGGAGCAAACUCUCCUCCCUUUGUAGCUGAGCAGGUCCAUUUCUGUACUCCACUCAUGGAGUUUCUGACAAUGGUUCUACGCAGUGAGCAAGCUGCCAUCAUUUUAAGUUUAUUUGCAGUGGGAAAGUGGUCGUUGCUGCCUGUCAUGUGAAAAGGGGCUGAUCCCUUUUCAAUUCUCAGCUCUGGAUACUGCUGAAAAGGCAUCCAGGAGAGGAUGUUAAGAGGCAGUAAAACCUGUUGGCUUCAUAAUCCUUAGAGCUGCAUUACUCCCCACCCCAAAUAUUGGGUUUGCCUGUUGUGCAGAGAAGCCGCCCAUUGUGGUUGCAGGAGAGGACAUGGGUCAGUACUAGCAACCAUGCUAGCCUUGGGCAAUAAUUGAUGUGGGGUGGGUGUGUUGUGUGGCAGGGACCCAGAGUAUUAUACAUAGCCAUUCAUGUCUAGGCUGACCUCUUUGCACUCCCUUAGGUUCUGGGCUACUAUAUGCAGGCUCUGCUUUGUGCUUGUCCCCCUCCAACAAGAGGUUUGGUAAUGAUCUUGGUGUCUAUGCCAAUAUUGGUGAGCACAUGAAAAACUGGACCUUUUGGCAGACAUUUCACAGAUUGCUCAGUUGGUAGAGCACGAGACUUGAUCUCAGAGUCAUGGUUUCAAGCCCCAUGUUGGGCAAAAGAUUCUUGCAUUGCAGGGGCUUGGGCUAGAUGACCCUCAUGGUCCCUCCCAGCUCCACAGUUCUAUGCUGUGAGGUUUCAAUUCAACGUUGGCCUGUGGCCCCUGUUAGCUCUGUUACCUGCUCUGUCUAUAUUUCUCUGUAACAACAUGUGCCCCCCUCCACAAGUUCAGCUGUGCUUGGGAGGGAAGCUGUGCUAUUCACAGCCUAAAAGAUUUGACUAGGGACGUGUGUGUGUGUGUGUGUGUGUGUGUGUCCCACCACUCUCCUUAUCCCUUCCAGCCAAAGUAGGCUGUUCCCAAUGUUGGAUGCCCUGAAGACUUGGAGGUGGGUGGGAUGGGCUUUCUGCCAGGAGGGGUGGCUGGGCUUUGUUAGUUUGGGCUCUGAGCCAUGGGGCGGGAAAGGAGCUGGGACUGCAGCCACAAGUCUGGUCCCGUGCAGUUGUGGCUGUGAUCAGGUGCUGCUGAAUCAGCUGGCGAAGCUGUUCCACCUGUUCCCCUUUGCACACUCGCGCGCUCAGGAAUGUCCCGUCCCUCCCAGCCCUGCUCACUGGCAGGAGCUGACACGUAGAUCUCCAGUCUCGUGGCCUCACCUCUUGAGGAAACAGCUGGUAUAGCGCGUGCGUGUAAGCCUUGGCAUGAUCUUCCUGUCAGGAAGACGCUAAUAUGUCUUGCUUUCCCUAUACCUGCCAUCCGCAGGCCAGAGUACCGCAAACCCAGUGGGAGGAAGAGAGCUUACAGUUUCCAAAGGAGAAGCUUGUACCGCUGCCAUUUAUUACUGAGCCUGUGGGAGGCCUGCUUCCCAGUUCCUCCAAAGGCCUGCCCCUUUCCCAAAGCAAAAAUUGGCCUGACUUCUCGCUCAACCCUUUAAAUAUAAUUUGCCUCUUGCAAUCCAGAGGCUAAACACAGGAUUCCAAGCCUCCGGACACUCCACUGCCCCCUGAAAUAGUGCUGUGAUAACAUUGCGGAUCCCCUUUCUGUCGUAAGCCUGCAGUGGGAGGAUGUGUCUGAGCCUGCUGAUGUUAAUCGUGUUGUCAGGGUAGAAAUUAAUACCCUCCUCUUACGGUUGGAUGCCAGAGCUCUUGCAGUGGGUGCCCCCAAGCUAUUUGUCUGCUCUGCACUUGCUUGUUGGGGUGUGUGGUUUGCGUGCAAGUCCCCAGCGGAUGCACAGCCAAGGCUGCCCCUGUGAGGCUCCAUCUCUGCCUUCUGUCCUGUAAGGUUUUAUCUAAGAUUGGGAGCACUCGCCUAGCAUUCAAGGGAAUCUGGCUCCUAGCCAUGCUGUUCCUUGCUUCUGCCUUUUUCCUCUUGGCAUGCUAGGGGAAAGGUGCUCAAAAGAGGCAGUGCUUCUGCUGUGGAGAUGAAAGUGCAUGAAGGGGGAAACCCCUUGUCUCAAAAUCACAAGUGUUGCCAAAUCGCAUCCAUCUGGGGAUGCUGUUCCAGUGUGUGCAUGUUUUAUGAUGCCAGGAGACUUGUAAGGUGAGGACAAGGAGGGAUUAGUCUUUCCCUAGUUGCCUCAUAUCUAUUCCAGGGAUGGACAAUCUUUUUACCCCCAGAGGCUACAUGCGGCGAUGGUGGGUGCUUACAUACAUGUACAUAUCACCACAGAGAUAUGUGCGCACAUCCUUUGAAAGCAGCAAUUGUGGUGGCUAGCAAAUAUGAUACUUGCUUUCUUUCCCUGCUCAGAGGAGAAUAAUUGACUCCCACCUCAGAAUGAGCAGCUGUGUGGUGUGCUGUGAGUAGCACAGUUUACAUACUUCCACCAGUAGUAAAAUUCAGCAAAAUUCAAUUGGCAUUGGGAGUGGGUAGCUUGGGAACACACAGUGGGCUGCAUGCAGCUUGCAGUUUGCUUGUGUGUGAUCUAAGAUGGUGACUUUUGAUGCCAUCAUGGCCAGCCUUGGCCAUCAGGAAUGUUUGUUUCUGUUCUAAGCUCUUGACAGCACUAAGGAAAAGGCUUUGGGAAGAGCGGACUAAAGAAGCUAUUGCUCUUUAUAGACAGGCCAGGAAUAAAUUAGGGAAAGUAUAUUAACGAAUCUGUGCAGUAUGUUUUGGCUUUCCACAUUUGGGGAGGUGACGUCGUUGGUGUAAGUUUUCCCCAAACCAUUGAGUAGGGCUGGAAGAGGCCAUGCAGGGAAACCUUCCACUUCCUGAAAUCGGCAUGUCCACCUGGCCAUAGGAAGGGAACGAGGGUGCAACAACCUUUAACCAGCCUACCCUCCAGGUAUGCCAAGGCAAGUUUGGGGAAGCUGUGCCCACCCCCAGACAUUCCUGGACUGCAUCCUUGACCUAUGGAUAUGCUGGCUGGGGCUGGUGGACUUUGGGAGCCCAGCAAUGUUUGUAGGCCACAGGUCCCCCCUUCCCACUUCAUUUUUUUUUAUAAGAUAUUUAUUAGGCUUUUCAAAAUAUUACAAAAUAGAAAAAGAAAAAAGAAAAAUAGAAAAUAAAAAUAGUUAAAAACAAUUCAGUCUUUCAAUCACUUAUCUUUCAUUUGCUUGUUUCCCAGACCUCCUCAUGCCUCCCUUUUCUGUAUUCCACUUCAGUUGUUAGUUUAGCAAAUCCCUCCCCUCUUUGUUUAUCCUAGUCUUCGAUCUUAAAGUAUUAUAACAUUAAAUUUUUACCUAUUUAUAGUCCAUUUUUUCAUAUUCCCUUAUAACAUUACAGCUAAAAGCCACUUACUGUAUUUUUCGCACCAUAGGACGCACCGGACAAUAGGACGCACUUUGUUUUAGAGGGGGGAGAACAAGAAAAAAAAAUUCUCCCCCUCUCUGCCCAGCACCCCUUCAGCGAAGUGGCAGGAGGCGCUGUGCAGAGAGGGGAGAACUUCCCCUCUUGUUUUCCCGCUCUAAAACAAGGUGCCGUUUAAGGUGCGUUCAGGCGGCUACCUUGGAGCCUGGAGAGCGAGAGGGGUCGGUGUGCACUGACCCCUCUCGCUCUCCAGGCUUCAGGUUCCUUCGACCUGCUCUUUGGGGCUGGCGGGGAAGCCCACCACCAGCCCCAAAGAGCAGUUCAGGAGCAGCGGAAGGCGCAGCGGCGCGGCUCCUGCCAUAGCCGUGCGUCACCUCUCCAGCCGGGAGAGGAUCGCUGGGCUAUGGCUUCUUUAGCCCCCCGCGCGCCCUCCCGGCUGGAGAGGUGACGGCGGCUAUAGAAGCUCCUGCCAUAGCCGCCCGUCACCUCUCCAGCCGGGAGAGGGUCACGGGGGGGCUGCUUUAGCCCCGCGCGCGCUCUCCCGGCUGGAGAGGUGACGGGCGGCUAUGGCAAGAGCCUCAAUAGCCGCGCGUCACCUCUCCAGCCGGGAGAGGGUUGCGGGGGGCUUCUUUAUGGCUCCUGCCAUAGCCGCGCGUCACCUCUCCAGCCGGGAGAGGGUCGCGGGGCUAUGGCGUCUUCGCUCCAUAGGACGCACACACAUUUUCCCUUCAUUUUUGAAGGGGAAAAAGUGCGUCCUAUAGAGCGAAAAAUACGGUAGUUUCUAUCCAACAUCAUUCUAACAUUCAUCAAUUUUACAAUAUGUCUGUAAAUAGUCUUUGAACUUUUUCCAAUCUUCUUCCACCGACUCUUCUCCCUGGUCUCGGAUUCUGCCAGUCAUUUCCCCCCCUUCCCACUUCAGAGCCCAACUACUUGGGGCACUUUCAUGUGCUGUGAGUAAAUCAAAAUGAGGGGCAGCUUCCUUUCCACUGUAAGUCCUUUACGCAAGGAACCAGGAACGUGCCAGGCACUGCAGCCAGCCCUCACUUACCCCUCAUUUGCCAUGAUCAGCCAGAGGCUUUUCUGCCCUAGAUUCCUAGCUGCUGGUGGUACUGUCAUAAAUCUGUGACCAAGGGACUGGGUAAGUGGGAGGGCCAAACAGCAAUGUUGGUGGGCCCUGGUAUGAUGCUUUGGGCCUGGUAGCUGCUUGAGCAUGGGUAAGCAAACUAAGGCCCGGGGGCCUGGAUCCAGCCCAAUUGCCUUCUAAAUCCGGCCUGUGGACAGUCCUGGAAUCAGUGUGUUUUUACAUGAGUAGAAUGUGGCCUUUUAUUUAAAAUGCAUCUCUGGGUUAUUUGUGGGGCAUAGGAAUUCGUUCAUUUCCCCCCCUCCAAAAUAUAGCCUGGUCCCCCACAAGAUCUGAGGGACAGUGGACUGCCCCCUGCUGAAAAAGUUUGCUGACUCCUGUCUGCUUUGAGGAUGCUGGGUGCUACUUCUGGCCCUGGUCAUGAAUGGUGGGAUUCACCCUGAUGCAGCCUUGAUCCACUGUAUGUGCCUCUAACUUGUCUGAUUCCCCCCACACCCAGACUGAGAGGAGUAAAAGAGACAACCUAUAUCAUUAAGAAUCACCUUCUGGCCUUGACAUUUGGAAGGCUUUUCAGGAUCCCCUGCCUGUUUUGUGCCUGGGCUUGAGCCCACCUCCAUCUGUGGAACUAUUUCCCCCCUUUAACACUGGAGACAGGCCUGUGGGGACAGGGGAGAGAGACAGCAAAGGGCCCUGGAGGGGGACAACGUCAUUAUAUCUGCAGCACCUCUUCUCUUGGUAUAAUUUUUCAUUGCAUUUCUACCCCAUUCUUUAUUACGGGAAGACAGAGGACAACGUGCAUAGGAUAUCUUUUUCUCACAACAGUUCCUAUGGGAUAAAAUAGUCAAGGCUUCCCUAACCUGGUGCCCUUUAGAUGUCCUCCAGAAUUGCAAUUCCCAUAAUUACUGUCCAUUGACCAUACUGGCUGUGAUUGAUGGGAGUUGUAGUCCAACAACUUUUGGAGGGCACCAGAUUGGUGGGGAGACGCAGAUCUGGUGUCUGAGCUUCAGGGUGGAUUGAGGAUUUAUACUUGAAUUUAUUGCACCAAAAUCCACUCUGCAGCUCACUGACUUGGGGCAGAUAGUGGUGACAGAAAACUAAUAGGGUACUGAGAAUCAGGAGGCUCCGGGGGUUGGUGUGCAAAAGAUACUGUGAGGCAGAUGGGAUAUUUUAGAGAGGCUUGCUUACUGCAAGGAAUAAUGUGACUGUUUCUCUCUUUGUGUGUACAGAGCACAUCCCUGCUGAGCUACGUGAACCCUUCUAUACAGACCAGUAUGAACAGGAGCACAUGAAGCCUCCUCUCAUCCGCCUGUUGCAUUCGUCUGACAUCUACUGCCGUGCCUGGCGCCGGGCCCUGCCAUCGGGCGCUGAUGGCGCCCCUUCCCCCAAGGACAAUGCUGCCUUGCUCCAGCUUCUGGCCCAUCGUGGCUUGGUGCCCACCUUCCAAGACAAGCCCAUCAAGGAGACAGAUCUGCACCACAAACCAAUCAGACUGGUAAGUCCACAAGCUUGGCAUCUUCCCAGGGGUAAACAUUUUGACUUGGUGCUCUUGCAGAAGGAGGGGGGGAGUGUACUGUUUAUUCAAACUGCAGUGGGUGUUGGUGUUAGUUGCUGGAGAGUGGAAAGAAAUUAAUUGCCCUCCAACUCUCAGCUGAAACCAGGAGCAGAGGUGGGGAGCUCAGUUAGUGCCUUUCCAAGAAUGAACAUGGUAGGAUUGUUCCUUCUAAAUUUCAGUGGGGUGCUACGAUCCAGGGGUGGCUAACCUGCGGUUCUUCAGUUGUUGUUGGCCUCCAUCACACAUUGGCCCCUGCUAGCAUGUCCAGCAGUCAGGGGUGAUGGGAGCCUGGAGUCCGGCAAGAUGUGGACAACUGCAGGCUGUGCUGACGUGAGUUGGAGGACCUGCUCUUUGAGGAUUCAGGAGCAGAGCUAAGUUCAUCAUGGUCGGUUUCCCCACUGUACUGCAACAGUGUGGUGGGGGAGGCCGUGCUUGUGGUAGUCUAUCCAGGAUAUCCACAACUUGCACACAUUUAACUUGUGUGCAUUCAGCUUUAUGCACUUGGCAAAAAAUAAAAAAAGAGGUGAAAAGGGAGCAGACGUCCAAGAAAAAAGGCUUUGGCAAUCCCACCCGCCAUUGUACCCAAGGUGUUCUGACAAUACAUGAUUUUAGCUUUAGGCAUGAUCCCCGGAAUGUAAGUCCCACAUAAGCAUUAAAAAUUAGUCUAUAUUAGUUAACCACAAUGUGAAGCAUGAAUUUAGUAGUUUUGAAAUGUGGUUGGCUCAAAUGGGUGCAGUCAUCGCCUAGAUAUAUAUAUAUAUAUAUGCCUGGAGCUCUGUGAUCUGGUAUCACGAUGACAGUAGCACAGGCUUCACUAGCUCUGGUGCUUUCCAGAUGUUUGGGACCACCAUUCCCCAUCAGCGACUGUGCUGGCUGGGCCUGGUGGGAGUUGUGGUCCACAACAUCUGGAAGGCACCAGGAUGGUGAAGGCAUCAUUAGUGGCUGGGCGCUGCUGUACAGAGGAAGAGCACUGGCUGUUCUGGGCAUAUGUUUAAUGUAACUGAUGGUUUGGGGGAGAGGGCGGUGGAGAAAAAGCUUUUCUGUGAAAGGAUCCCCCUGCCACCAGCCCAAAGGCAGGCUCUGAAUUGUGGGGAGGACGCUCGCUGCUCCUGUUGAUGGCCUUGUGUAAAUGCUGCUCUCCCCAGCGCUGUCCUGUCCUGUGCAGUGGCAUGGUGGAGGCCCUGAGGGUGACAGACAAAUCCCCAAAACUCCUUCCCUCCUCCCUCCCUCCCUCCCUCCCUCCUUGCCUGCCUCUGUUAAUACAAGGAGCGUCUUCUGUGGCGCCACAGCUUCAGGGUGGAGCCUUUACAAGCUUAGAUCCCAGCCACCCCGUGGGAACCCCUUCCCUCAUCUCUCUGUGGGUGGGGAGGGCUGAGGUGUGGCUAAAGACAGGAGAAGUUUCUUUCUACCCCCCCACCCCCACCCUAAGGUCUUUUGACUCUCCCUCUUGGGAAGCUGAAGCCUCCCGUUGCUCCCUUCGAAACCCCCUUGGUUUGUAAAGUGCUGAUAUUAUCAAGGAGAAAAGAUGGGCCACAGCACUCUAAAGGUUAGAUGGCCAGCAUUAGGGACAUCUGCCUCAUGCCAGAUGAGGCCGCUGGUCCUUCCAGCUGAGUGUUGUUUACACUGACUGGUAGCAGCACUCCAAAGGUUCUUCCUUCCCUGGAGACUCCCAAGGAUUGAACCAGGGACCCUCUGCUGGCAAAGGAAGUUAUUUACUGUUGGUCUAAGGCCUGGCAGGCACAUACAUCUGUACACCUGUGAGAAGGAAGGUCCUCUGUAGAAGCUGCUAGUCCCUUUUCACUUGUACACAAGAACAUGGGAAUUCAGGUUUCCUUUAACUUGGGUGGGACCUUAGUGUUUGUAGCAUAGCAAAUCCUAAGAAGGAGGGAGAACAGGAUAAUAUCCUAGAAUGAAGGGUGCUUUUUUGUUUGUUUGUUCUGGUUUAAUGUUGCAGGGGUGAAACAGGGUCCUGGCUUUGUGUGUCCCCUUUUAGAAGCAUCUAUAACUAGCCAGCUCGGAGUGUGUGGGGGGUUGAGCAAUAAUAAGUGAACUUGGGGAAACUUAUCUGCAAUAGCUGACAACUCCACAUCCUAUCUCCCUUUCCAGUUUAUCUAUUUUCAGGAAGGGCUGUUGUGAGGAGGGGAUGUGGUUGGAAAACACUGUGGGUGUCUCCCUCUCCCCUCUGCAAGAAAACAGAUGGGAAAAAGAGAGCCGUGAAGGGUGGGAACCAUACACUUAUUUAGGUGUGAAAGGCAAGAAGUGUGUGAGAAGAGAGAGGGGGGGUUCAGAAGGAGGCUGAGGUUGGAGUCUGUCUGUCCCUCACACCGAAGCCCACCCCACUGUGUAUGAGGGAUUUUAAAAAUGAAAAUUGUUGAGGUGUUGAUAUGAGAAUUCCAAAUGGAUACACUGGCAACAAAGGAGGUGGCAAAAGAAAGAAAACUCAGUUAAAACGCUAGGAAACCAAGGGAAGAGUGGAAGGGAAGUAAAAGUAAAUAUAUAUAGCAUUUAAACAGCUUGGAAGAAUAUAUAUGUGUGUGUGUGUGUGUGUGUGUGUGUGUGUGUGUGUGUGUUACUAUUAUUAGUACAUGUUUAUGUUUUAUAAGCAUGUUACCGUUUUUCUUUUCGUUUUGUGCAUGCAUGUAACAGAAUAUGUGUUGAUGGCAAAAACAGAAAAGCAAAUAAAAAAUAUUUUUUUUUGGCAGGGGGGGAGUUUGCUUUUGCGGUGGAGCAAAGGAAGACCUGGAAUAUGGGGGAAGCAACACAAAGCCAGUGCUAGGAAGGAUGUACAAAUUGUUAAAGCCUAGAAAGGGGGCUUGGGGAUUUCUGCUUUCUGCUCCCUGGGCCCAGCAAUUAUCAUUCUUCCGCCUGGUGCUUGUGUAAUGGGAGGGGGAGGCGGGGAGGGGGAAUCCCCGCUACUGGUACGGCUCUGCUGGCAGGUGCCCGGCGGGAUUGCUCCGCGCUGAGCGGGUAUCUCUGAUUGCUAUUAAUUUUGCUCUGGUGAUUCUGUCAAGGCCGGGAGGAGAGGCAAGAGCGCCAGCUAGCUGGAGGGAGGGGUGUCCUCUAUCUCCCUUGCUCCCAGCUGAGUGCUGGGGAAAUGGUGCCCAUGGAAGCAAUUGGAAAGGGAAGGUUUAAUUUUGCCCAGGGUUGAGGGUGAGGAGAAUGAUGGAGACUCUUGAUUUUGAUCCGGGCAUUUGGAGCCCCUCCCAAGGAAAGUGUAGGUUGCGCACCACAUGGGACAAGAUGUUUAGAGAGCACACAGCUAGGCUGCCGCCACACCCUGAACUCCAAGAGUAUGGGAGAGCAAAGCAGCGGAUUAGUUGCUCUGUGGAGGGAGCUGGUCGUGGCAGCCAUGUUGGCUUUCUGCCAGCAAUGAUAUUGGAAAGCAGACAUCAGAGCCAGAGCCGAGCAGUGUGGCUAUUAUCCGACUCCCCUGGCCUCGUCUGACACGGCCUCAGUGUAUUUAUCCCACAAAGGCCUUAUUGAGGCCCAAGCAGCUAGAGGGAGUGUGGCUGUGUCUGUUUUGGGCCUUGUCUUUGAAGGAGGGGAAGAAGAAACCAGGGGAACAGGGUUUUUUAGCCAGAGGUCCCCCGUCCUGAGGUGUGCUAGGUGUGGCCCCAGCUCUGAAGGGGAAUGAGAGGCUUGUUCUCAGGCUUCUCCCUUCAGGCUUGGCACAUCCCUUAUUCUGCAUUAUUCUCUCUCUGUCUCCCAAGUACGAGCGCCCCAUUAACACCCAAGCUUGAUUCACUGUCGAGUCAACAGCUUUUUCCUCUGCUUCAGUUCCCGCUCUGCUGGUGCAGAAAAUCAGGCUGCCAGGAAGGGCUGGGUGUGGUGUACCUAGAGGCCUGCAUCUGGCCUGCUUGCUGCCUUUUGCUUGCAAGGACCCAGUUGCUGUUGGGCACUCAGUGAACUCACAUUUUGAUACUCCUGCUCUUCUUCCUUUGAACCCACCUCCUCACAAAAAAACCCAUUCCUGGAUCAGGCUAGAGCUGUAGUCAUUUGAAUAACCAAACAGACAUGCGGUGUUUGUGUGACUACAUAGCCCAUUCUUAAAACGUUUGCCAUGGUAGCAGUAAGUUUUAUUUGAUGACAAAACUUGGGUCCUAGGAUCUGCAUUAAAGAUGGGUGGGAGCUUUCAUUGCAUUUUACAGUUGUGGGCUGACUUUCCAUAACUUGUUCAGGCAGGGGUUUCAGUAAAAACUUUGUGCAGGGUGCACUAGUUUGGCCAGAACUGAGUAGCAAAAUUUGUCCCUUUUUGAAUGCUGAUCCCAUACCUGCAUGUAGAGAAUGAGCAUGUCAGGGAGAAGAGUUCAGUUUAGUCCAGGAGCAGAGAACCUUUAGCCCUCCAAGUGAUGUUGGUCUCCAACUCCCAUCAGACCCAACUAGGAUGGCCAGUGGUCAGGGAUAAUGGGAGUUGUAGUCCAGCAACAUCUCUGGAAGGCCACACAUUGGCUACCUUUGGUCUAGUUUCAUUAGUUCAGCAUUUUUUUUUCAUGGUGAAAAGGCUUCAGACUUGCAAUUCCUUCCAUGCAGCCUGAAGAGGUACAGUCCAGAGAAACCUUCAUCAAUUGAAUUUAGCUGAUUGUAUAAACUGUCCAUCCUCAUAUCGUUGUGAGGCAAGCCUUGAGCAGUAUUCAGUUGUCCUGUUGGCACAAGGAUUUCCACUUGGGCAACUGGGCUUCUACCACUACCACCUUUGCCUUGCAUGUGCCAUGCACCCUCCCUAAAUCUACUCCAGAGGGUUGGAGAAACCCCUGGAACAGCUUUGCAGGGGGAGGAGAGGGGAAGAACAUUCCGUUGCACAAGCAAAAAUCCCCGUGCUGAUGGAACAUUCACUUUAUGCUGCGUUGGAUAUUCCCCUCCCCCCUUGACUCAGCAGAGACUUCACUUUUUUCCAUUUCUUGUUAGCAGAUCACUGCUGGCAGAAAAUCUUCUAGUGCUGCUUCUGCCAUGGGGGUGAGGUUGUAGGAGGGAGAGUUCCCUGUCACAUUUUCUGUUCAGGAGCUUAACAGACAAAAGUACCAUUAUUCAGGGCCUGGGACCUUCCUUCAUAUUUCCAUAGGAAGUGGCUCAAGUUUAUCCCACCUGCUUAAACCUCUUGGCUAGAAGGAUUUCAGCUUUGCUUAGAGAGACUACAGGCAAUUUUGGGUCUUCCAGUCUAAUGUUCUAUCUGCUGCUUCUCUCCCCAUGUCUGUACAUCACAACUGUGACCUUUGUCAACCACUGCAAGUCCACUGUGGACUGCAAAUGGGUUCUAUCAAGAAAAAUGCUGUCUUCCAUCUCCCCCUGCCACUUCAGAAUAUCAGAAGGCAGCUGGCAUUGUUGCUAGGGUCUUCGCAGAGAUAAUUGGCUUGUAGGCUAUCCUAUUAGACCUCCCCAGAAGCAGAAGAGGCUGUUGCUCCUGGACCCAUAGUUCCUGGGCUUGGGGCACUGAGAGAUCUUGCAUGCAGAAUUUGGAGGGAAACAUGGGGGCAGGCAGACUGCAUGCAUGAUGACGGUGCUGGUAAUAAAGCCCAAUAUCUGCACCUAGCACAUGUUCCCCUUGCCCCCAGGCUGCUCUCAUCCAGGUUCUCCUUAACAGCAUUAAAAGCUUAAGGCAACUAAUCUGCUCUCCUGUGGUGUAAGACUGGGACUGAGCUUGCUCAGUCGGGCACAGCAAGGGGGAUUCUCAUGUUACCAUGAUCUGGCCCAAGACUCCAGUCCUUGUAGUGGGGUGGGACAGCUGAAAAUAAUGCCAAUAUAUUUCAUAUCUGGCAACCAAUGCACCCUUUUGGCUUCAGAUAGUACAUGGGUAGAGGAGGCUAAAAAGCCCAGGACACAAAUUUGCACAGCCCUCUAGCAACUAUGGUGGCUCAUUUACCAGAAGUAAUGUAUUUAGCAUUAACUCUGAAAGUGUAUACUAGAUUCUGACCAAACUAAGCCCCCUAGAGCAAAAUAUACACCAGGAAGCUUAGUUUGGUCAGAAUCGAGUAUGCACUUCCAGAGUAAAUACGUGCUGCCAGCCUGCAUCUGCUGGUAACUCCAUUCAUUCUGCUUAUUCACCCCAGCCAAGACGCUGUCCUUCCAGCAUGCCCCCGACACUCUGUGUGCUUUAUUACACUGGAGAAAGCAGCUUAUGCCAUGGAGGGCUAGCCUGUUGCCCUGUGAUAGGAGAGCAGAACAUACCGUAUUUUUUGCUCUAUAAGACUCACUUUUUCCCUCCUAAAAAGUAAGGGGAAAUGUGCGUGUCUUAUGGAGCGAAUGCGGGCUGCACAGCUGUCCCUGAAGCCAGAACAGCAAGAGGGAUUGCUGCUUUCACUGCGCAGCGAUCCCUCUUGCUGUUCUGGCUUCUGAGAUUCAGAAUAUAUUUUUUCUUGUUUUCCUCCUCCCAAAACUAGGUGCGUCUUGUGGUCUGGUGCAUCUUAUAGAGCGAAAAAUACAGUAGUUGAUCUGUGUCUCUGAACUUUAGGAAGCAGGGAGAAAAGUAAACUGAACUUGGCAAUUCAUCCUGAGGAAUGAUGGAGCUUGCUUGCACCUGUCCCAGCAUCAAUGGGAAGAUAGUUCUCCCUUUUCCUGUGUAAUCUCACACCUAGGGGUGGCAUCAACUAUGUGCCUGGCUCCAUUUGUGGGGUAAGGAUACCCUCGUGGCUGAACACAGGUUGCCUAACUUGUCUCUCUCUUCCUUGCCACACGUACAGGGUGCGCACCUGGCAUUGAUUGACUCACUGAUGACAGCGUUUGCGUUGGAAGCCACCAGCUCACUCAGUGUUACGCCAGGCACUGAUCUGGCAGCCAUCUCCUGGGACCAGAAACUUCUGCACUGGAUAGACAUGGUACCUUAUUUAUUUACCAAUCAAUCAAUCAAUCAAUCCAUCAAUCAAUCAGCUAUUCUUGAUAUUUGUGCUUCCUCCAGAUUACUUAGGUGGGCAUAGAGAGAGUUAAUGUCCCACUUUAUUCACACAGCAAGUUUGUUUGAUUCUCUACUACAGGAACCUUUACUCCUCUAGAGGUCAACUACAACUCCCAUCAGCCCCUGCAAGGAUAGCCAGUGGCCAGUGAUGGUUGUAAGUUGUAGUUCAGCAAUAUCUGGAGGGCCAGAGGUUCUCCACAUCUGCACUAGUCCAUGCCCAGCUGCACUGUCCAACCUCUGACAUGGAAAAUGUGAGGUUGGAGUAAAAUGGUUUCGAUGGAUUACUUACAAUUUGUGAGCCCUUUGGGGACAUAGAUUUAUCCUACUAAAAAUUGCUAUAAAAUCUCACCUGGAGCCCAAAGGAUAGGGGCAGGAUAAUAAACAUAGUUUUUUCAUUGGUUUUGAAUAUGACCUCAUAGAAACUUGGGAUAAAAUAUUAAAUAAAAGGGGCAGUUCCUUGAUUCUGUUCCGGCCCGUUUCAUUCUAUCACCAAUUUGCUGCUGUUGUGAAGGGGUGCUGGGCUUACUUGGCGUACAUUUAAGCUCAAGUGGAGUUGCAUUUCAUUGCCCUUUCCUCUCCAGCAAAAGUUUUUUUACACCCACAUGCCAAUGGGGAAUUAACUUCAUGCAUCUGAUAAAGGGAUCUCUAAUCCAUGAAAGUUUAUCCCUGUAACACAUUUGUCAUCUUUAAUAAGGUGCCACAAGUCAUUUAUCUCUCUUUUUGGCCUGGACUCAGGAAGGCAGUCAUGUUUUUGGAGACACGUAUAACAUGACCUGUUUGGAAAGGAGAGGAGAAUAGCAGAGGAGGGACCUUCAGCACCUUAAAGUGGUCUGUGGGUGGGAUGUGCAGGGAUUGGUAAGGUGUGUGUGCCUCUUCCCAAUACAUUUUUUUAAAAUAAUCUUUUAUUUAAAUUAGUUUGACUUUUAUUGUAUCCUGUGCUGAAAAAACCCCCAAUAAAAAUACAGUCAUACCUUGGUUUUGGAACAGCUUACUGUAUUUUCCCGUGUAUUGGAUGAGGUUUUUUGACACAAAAAUCAUGUCAAAGGUCAUCCAGUACAUGGAUAGUGGCAUGGGGGGAGAUGCCGCUGGAAGUGCUGCGAUCUGGAAGUGCUGGGUGGCGGCAUGCAGCUUCUCCCGAUGCUGCUGCCUACAGGGAGUGAUCUGGGGGCACUGGCUGGUGGCACGCAGCUUCCCCUGAUGCCGCUGCGCAUGGGAAGCACUCCUUGGAUCGUUUCCUGCGUGCACAGCAGCAUCAGGGGAAGGUGCCCUCUGGCCAACCUGCUGGCUGGUUAGAGCACAACUUCCCUCGAUGCUGAUGCGUGAGGGAAACACUCCCUACCUGUGUGUGGGAAAUGAUCUAGGGAGUGUUUCCUGCCCACAGCUGCGUGGGGGGAGAGGCUCAACAACUUUGAGCCAUCUCCCCUCAUUUUCUUAAAACUGAGCCCCCCCAAAUAGGGGGGUUGUCUUAUACAUGGGGGCAUCUAAUAGACAGAAAAGUAUGGUAGUUCCCAAAUGCCACAAACCCAGAAAUGACUGUUCCGGUUUGCAAACGAUUUUUGGAAGCCGAACAUCCAAUGGGGUUUCCGAUUGGCUGCAGGAAGACAAUCAGAAGCCACGCUUUGGUUUUUGAAUGUUUUGGAAGUUGAACGGACUUCUGGAACAGAUUCUGUUUGACUUCUAAGGUACUACUGUAUUUAUAAAAAGCAAAACAGAAAACAACAACGGCAUGCUCCUUGCUUCCUCCCUCCAGAUCAUCCACAAGAUACAGCAAAGCAGCGAGCAGGAAUGCACUCAGCGGGCUGCGCCGGGGACAGACAGCCAGACCCAGGCCUCCAACAGCGGUCCCAAGGUGCGUUUGUCUGGCUCGUGCAGCUUGCUUCUGAAUGGAGCAGGGAGGGAGCCUGGACUUGUGGCGUAGCUGGAGUGGGAGGGAGGGAGGCCAUUUGUGGGCCCUGCCCCAGUUCCUAAAGCGUGGCGACGGAAGGGUGGCUUUAUCCAUGCCGGCUUUGUUCUGUGUACAAGCCACACCCUUUCCCUCCCGCUCUUUCCUUCGAAGAUAGAAUUUGCUUCCUUCCUUCUGACUGACUCCCUGCCCCCCAACUCUAGCUCAUGUUUGGGAACUCCCUGCACCCCAAGGAUUCCCUACCUCCCCCCCCCUUGUAAAUCUGCUGCUUCGCCCUCCUCCUGUGAGGUGGCCUUUGUCUGCUUUGUCCUUGCUUUGUGGGCAACCAGAGAUCCUUGACUUCUCCCCCAAAUCCAUUCUGUGGGGCUGGCUCACUGGCUCUGUUGGCCAGAGUGGUCAGACCAUAUUGAGGGGGGCGGAGGCGGGUUGCCUGCCUGAGAAGCUGCCCUGUUCAUGUUCCCGAUGGGCCCAACGACGAGGCCUCAUCCCAGCCCAAGCUGCCCCUCCGGCUUUCUGUGCUGCGAGUGCGAUACCGUCACGGUGUGUUAUGUGACAGAGCUGUCUUUUUCUGCAUCUUUUCCUCUGCUUCAGUGUCCCACAAGGUGGUACUGGAAACUGGUUCCUGUAAGUGGGUGGCUUUACUUAUUAUCUCCCUGCUGCUUUUGGCUCCUGCGCUGCAUGCCAGGGGGACCCAGAGCAAAGGAUGCUGGGGAUUUAGGACCUUGGAGCAGAGAUACCUGAGUGUGUGUGUGUGUGUUUGUUUCAGUGAGGGAAAGGCUGCGGGGACGACAUUGCCCUGCUCCCUGUGGGAUGGGCACCUGCCUGUACUUUUGGGAGACUUUGAGGGCAGAGGGGACCCUGUCCCGGGAGGAGGAGGAGGAGGAGGCGUGUUCCCACAUGAGACACCAGCUGCUGGGAUGCUGGUAUAUCCCAGCAUCCUUUGUUCUCAUCUCCCUUCCCUCCGCAACCCGCUCCUGCUUUGCUCUCUCUUAGCUCCGCAUGUUGGGGCACAUGAGGGUUGGGUUCUGGCGGUGGCGGUGGGUGCUUAACGGAUCUCUUCUUCCUGCCCUGAAUAACGCAACCUCCUUGGGGUUACAGGUGCCCUGGGGUCUAACGGACAGGCAAGAGGGACUGCCUCAGAGAUGAACCGAGAAGCCCCGGUUUUCAUUUGUGCAGAGGGGUUAAGAGACAGCCAGAGCAGGGCAGCUCAUGCCUGGAGCUGCCAAGUAGGAACAGCAUGCUAGUUACACGACAUUCCUUUAUUCCCCCCUUCUGUGUUGCCUUCUGUCCCCCUCCCCCCCCCGCCAUUUGCUUGCUGCCCAGCUGUACUCAGUGCAGCCCAGAGUGCGGACUAGUCCGAACUUAGGCCUGGAUGCUACAUUGCGUUUAGUGUUCAGGAAUGUGGGGUGCUCCGGAAGGGAGAGAGGGCUCUCUCGGGAGCCCCAGGUGCAUGCUGGGGAGGCUUUAAUCACCCCAGGCGGAAAGCUAGGCCUUGGCUAGGCCUUUCCUGCAACCCCCUACCCCUACCCUGUUCCCCAGCCUUGCAAGGCAGCAGCAGCAGCCCUUUCCUCCUCUCUCCUCCCUCCUUGCGGGUGCAUUGAUCAGGCUCUCUCUUUUCUUUGCUAUUGCAUCCAGCAUGCCAUCGCUUUUUGUUUGAAGGAGUCGGGGAAUAAGCCUCCUGUGGUAAUGUAUCCGUCGGCGCGUGCCUCCCACCGCCCGCCUGCACCACCUUGCCAUCCACCCGGGUUGCUGUUUUCUAGGACUUCGGGCCGUUCCUGCUGCAAUGGGCCUGGGCCGCCUUUCUCCCCUGCCCCACAAGCUGCCAACUUGCCUGGGGCUUGGAGAGGCGAACUUCCCUCUCCGCUGUGGACAUUUUCCAGGGUCCUCCUCCCUCCACGUUCAGAGCAACCAACAGCCGCCUCCAAGGGCUCCCCCCCCAAAUGCCCACAAGAGAUCUGCCAUUUGCCCUCAGUUCUUGGGAGUUUGCCUCAUCUUGUUGCUCACCCUCCAAACACAAUCAGCCCCUUGCCUUUCCAGAGCCUGCAGAAAUCCUGGGAUGCAUUUCUUGUUUUUGUUAGACACUCUGGUUUUUGUUCUAUUUUAGGACGUUUAGUGUGGGGGCGUCUACCGACUUUUCUCUCUAGAGCUGUAAGGUGUCAGGAAGGGAAAGAUGUGGGUGCAGGCAACAGCACAAACCCUCUCAUUACCACCACUGCCCACCAAAACUCCUGCUGUGUUGAGAUUUGACCUGUUUUGGCCUCUGGGGCCAGGUGACCACCUCCUCCCUUGGUUCCUUUUGGGUCUCUUCUCCUGGGCUGGCUGGUGGGGGGGGAAGGCUUGCUCCAUUAAUUCCUGGCUUCAGCAGUGGUGGAGGAAGGGGUAGAGCAUCUGUCAAGCUGGUCUCCAGAGCUUGCUGUCUACGGCCAACUCUUCCCCACCCCCAGGGAUACGGCCCUUUCCCUCUGAAACCUCCCUCCAGCUCAUUGCAGCAGGAAUGGAGGUGCCCCAUUUGCCUCUCUCUUUUUUUUCUCCCCACCCUUUUUUAUUUUUUGCUGGCCUGCUGGGUGUCUGUGCCUGUUUGUCUGUCUGGUCACCCCUCCCCCCCUCCCUUUGCCCUGUGCAAUGUCUGCGCACGGCCUGCCCUGCUCUGUGUGUGUCUCUGGUGUGGGGGCUGCCUUUUGUUGUCUUGUCUGCUGUGUCCUGGGGUGAGGACAAGCAUGUUUCCUUGGAGUGGGAAAUGCAGUUAUUUAGCAGGACUGACUUGCUGGCUCCUCUGUCUUCUCUCCUACCCAGGGCAGACCCCUGACCCCCCAUUUAGCAUUCCCUCACAGCCACUGUGGCGCUGCAGCCCACUGGGCCUAGCACUAGGCCAGAACCUCCCCUUGGAACAUUUGUGUGGUGGGGAGAGUGAGGGGAGCUGGCAGCUGGUCUUUGGGGUCACUCAGAGCUGCUACAGAAGGGAGAGUGUCUCCUUUUCUCCUCCUAUGCUGGCUGCUUCCUCCUCACUUCCCUCCUGCUUUUCUCCUCCUUGGCUGACACAGAGGGACUUGUGCCUUCGAGGGACUCGCUUGCGCCCCCCCACCCCGCUUUAUAUCCUUUGCCUCCUUCCCAGCAUGCACUUUGCUCUUGGUAUUGGGGCAGGGUGGGGGAGGUGUCAUAUUUUGUGCACACAUAUUCUUGGGGUGGGAAAGAGGGUGUUAAUCUUGGCUGGUUCUUCACCCUCUGGGUAUUCCCAGGAAGAAUUUCAUGAGGGCUUCUGCAUGGUGGUGAAGUUGAGGGUGGGAUGGAGGAGCUUAGAGUGUGAGGCCCUGGACCGAGAGGAGGCAGGGGGUGCAUUCUUCAGGCUUUUUCUAGUGUCCCUCGUGUGGGGACCAGCUCCUUCUGUCGCUGUGUUGACUUCCUCCUGCAUUUCUGCCCUGCACAGAUCCGCUAUCGGAAGGACAAGGCGCUGCCCAAGCAGACUCCCUGCUUCCCUGCCAUCACUGGCAUGAAGGACCUGGCCAGCGGGGGCGCCAUUGCUGCCACCAUCCACUACUACUGCCCCCAGAUUGUGCGCCUCGAGGGUGAGUCGGUGCUCUGGUUCCUGGGUGGAGGGAAGGGGCAGCUGCUCGGAGCUUGCAGCCGUUGUGUGUGCAUUGCUUCCACUCGCACGUGUGUGUGCACACGAAUGCACCCCGCACGCUGAUGGCUAUUGUGUGCUUCCCUUGCCCGGUAGACGUGUGCCUGAAGGAGACCAUGUCGGUGGCAGACAGCCUGUACAACCUGCAGCUGAUCCAGGGCUUCUCUGCGGACUAUUUGGGUGGCUCCUGCUUCCUCUCCUUGGAGGACCUGCUGUACAUGCCGCCUAUGCUGAGGGUGAGUGCUGGGACUGGGCAGGAGGUGGGGCAGUCCUCCAGCCCCUCUGUACCUCUAGAGAUAAAAACAUGGCUGCCCUGGCUGCAGUAAGGGAAGCCCUCACAGCUUCAGGGCCGAGGAGCUGCUUGGAAGGAGCCCUGGCAUGGCAGAAGGAAGCCUUGCCCCGUGCCCCGUGUGGCUGCUCAUGUGGAGCAAGUGGGGAUUAGUGUUUGGUCUGAGCGUCCAGCCUGCCUUGGCCCUAAUGAGCCUUGGCUGGGGCCUCCGGCUGCACUAAUUGGAGGCUGAUCGUGCAAGAACAAUGAGGCCCUUCUGCAGUGGGUGGCAGGGCAGUGCUGGGGGCGGGGAUUGCGGUGGGUCAGAAGAGAGACGUUGUAGGCACCAGGAAGAGUUCUUCUCAGGAGUGCUACCUGCAGAUGGAGAUGGUGGAGCAGAGACUAGGUCCUCUCCUCCCCCUUGUUCUCUGGACCCAACUCGGCUAAGUGAGGGGAAUGAAGGCUGCUUCCUCCAGAGACUAUUUGGCUAACUCAUUGCCCUUCAUCCCCAGAUAAACGUCGGGGUGUUCCUGGCAGAGUUGUUCCUGUGCUUUGAGGUGCUUAAGCCUGACUUUGUGCACCCAAAGGAGCUGCCUGGACUUCAAGGUAAGAAGGUGGCAGGUGUGCUUGUAUGUCUGUGGCACCCAGGAAGCUGCCCAGGUUCACGGGCUCGCACUGCUUUGGCUUGCUCCUUGUUGUGUGUAAACUGGCUGCUAGUGCCUCUCUGGGGUUUCAGGUCCAGAGCCUUUCCCCCUGACCUACCUGAAGAUGCUAAGGAUGCUGGAGUCUAAGGUAUGGCUCCCCCCACCCUCCACACCUUAGUGGUAGCAGUUAGCUUGAGGAGCAACUAACCCAGGAUAGGAGUGAGGCAGUCCAUUCCCAGCCUGCAGAGCUGUGCUGUUUGGGGUAUGUAGUAUUGCAAGAUAUUUGUCAGUACAUUCAUUAUGGGCAGACUCUUAUAUUUGGUAUACUAUGUGCUGAUAAUUUCCAAUGUGCUGAGCAGGCAGAAAAACCCAAACUACCUCCCCCCCCCCGAAUAACUUAACACCCACCCCCAUUUAAUAAUUGUAGCAUAUAUGGCAACAACAAAAAAUUGUUUGUAUACUUGUGAACAUGAGAAUUAUGAUUUUUGAAGUAUAUGGAAUGCUGGUGGGAUAAUUAGAGUAGAGGAGGGAGCACAGUCGACAUGGGGAGAGAAAGGAAGAAGCGCAGAACAUCUUAAUUGCAGCUGUAUCUAAUUGUUUCUGAAGACAUUAUUACUAGUUGCAUGCUUUCCAGACAUUUUGCAAAUCUGGGGCCCACGCGCCUGCUUUUUCUUAGUUUUGAGAAUGAAAAGCUUCUCUUAAAGCCUAAGGAAAUUUGUCUUCCACAAGUUAUCUGUUACAGUUCGUACAGUGUUUUGAACUAGAUAAUUGGCAAUCAGGUCCUCCCUUCCUUUUAAGGGGGAGAUGGAAAGAGGGUAUGGCAUAUGCCUCCCAUAUUACGUGGUAUAAACCAAAGGUGACUGGUAUUUUUGUUUCACACCUUGUAGUCACUUUGAUCUGAUUAAUUGAACAAACAUAUUCUGUCUGUGGAGCAUCAAUGGAUCCUGUUGCAGGAUUUAGAUUGUGCUUGCCUUGGCUUUAUCUUGACCAGCAGCGUUCACGGCUUUUCCAAAUACUUGUUAAAACCUUGGCCCUUCCUGGAAAGUUUGCAUUUUUAUGUUGCGAACGCUUUUCUGGUCUUGCUGCAAGAAAAGAUACCUUUAAUCCCCAUUGUGCAUUCUGUACAUCAGGUGGUAAAUUGCAUGCCUGAAAAAUAAGGAAAAGUAAAGGCUGUGCUAUAAAGCCUGUCUGUGCACACAGGUAUUUGAUAGCAGCCUAUCACUGUCACACUUCCCCUGCCGCCCUAAAUCAGUUGUCCCACUGAGUAAGUGGAGCAGAGGCAUGGGCUGCUGGGAGCUGGCAUGCUCCAGCCUUGGAACAAUGGCCUCCUGUGUGAGCCGAGAUGGGAGCAGGUUCCUCUCCUGCCCUUUGGUACACGUGGUUGGCAUUCCCACCCUUUCCUGACCUUCUAGUGACUUAAUCCUCAGCGUGAGCUCUCUGCUCCCUUCCCCUCUCGGCUUGUUCAGUAAAGUGGCUGUUCUCUUCCAGAUUCCCCUGGGCUGAAUGACUCCCUGACGCCCAACAGUGGGAACAACAGCAGGUAAGGGAGCCUCUGCUACUCUCACCACCGCCACUUGGAGCCUGAAACCAGGCUUGCCCUCUCUUGCCCAUGCUGGGAGUCAGAUUUGGAUGCUGUGCUUUGCAAGGAAGGUGUCUGUGGGCUGCUCUUUCUCUCUGGUGCCUCAUUCCAGAGCUAGGAUUUUGUAAAUGGAUGAUGAUGUAGGAGCAUGAGAAAUUGCCUUAUGCUGAACCAGACCCCAUUGAUCCACCUCUAUCAAUGUUGUCUACACCAGGGUUUCCCAAACUUGGGUCUCCAGCCUUUUUCAGACUACAACUCCCAUCAUCCCUAGCUAUCAGCAUCUGGUCAGGAAUGAUGGGAGCUGUAGUUUCAGACAGGGAGCCUCUCCCAGCCCUACCUAGAGAUGCCAGGGAUUGUCUUCUCUAGGGCACUAGUUCCCUACCUUUUCACCCACCAAGAGGACGGUCCCUGCAUUCUGCCAUGUCAGCUGCAGUUCCAGCUUAUAAAACGAAGCUGCUUUAGCCUGAGUGUGUUGCUGUCACUAGCUUCCCUGUCUGGCAGCGUGGCUAGCCAGUCUCCCGUGUAUGAAUCAAAGCUGUUGGGAAGCCUUAGAUGGGAGUCAUGUCCAGACUGCUACCUGCAAGUCCACAAGCCAUGAUGUUGCUGACAGAGGACUCCAGGCAAGGAGCCUUUGGCUCUGAAAAUGUUGCUGGACUCCAACCAGCAACAACCAAUGUGGCUGCUGGUCAGGAAUGAUGGGAGUUGUACGCUGCUGGUGGCUUAACUGUGCCCUUCCCAGUAGUGCUCAAAAACCGUGAAUCCCUUUAGGAAUAGUUAACUAUCGUCUCCCUUCCCCUCUGCCAACUGCAACAGCAACAAGGGGCAAUGUUGCUGUUGCAGCUGGCAGAGGUCUGGGAGAGUCCUUGAGGUCCUUCACGAUUUCAGUGCUGUUGACGUAAGAGUCCUUGCUUUCCUAAAAAAAACUCCACCCAGCAACUUGCUCUUCAGAUGUGUUAGUACUGUACUCCAAAGUGCCACAACUUGACUUUCCCCCUCUCUGCUUGCCUAGGGGGCCUCUCCACAUAUUAAUAUUAGACAGUCUUUGGGGAAACGUGAUCUGGAAGGAGUUAUUCCUGUAAUCAGGGUGGGGAGAGCUCCUUAUGUUUUUUGUGGUGGCUCAGUGCCUCCUUAUGUUUCAGGAGGGUUGGACCUUCCUUUGCUCUGGGGAGAAAACUGCGUCCCUGGCACUGUGGUGUGUGAGUCGGGUGCUCCCUUCCCCUGAUCAGCUGUAGCUGCUGAUCAGGGGAGUCUUCGUGGUUUACCUGGAUUGAGUUGCACUGGUGGAGUAAAGGGGAAAGCACUCUUGGCCAGAGCAGCUGCUCUCCCUUUGCUCCAGGCCAGCAGAAAUUGUAGUUCUUCUUGCAGGGCAGGUGGGUGGGUGGGGGUGUGACUGGGCAAGCUUCUGAUCUUUAAGGUAGGCACAGCUUUCCUCCCAUGUGCAAGUUAUGGGAAUGCCUUUAGGCAGCAAAUUAAAGGAACUUGUUCCUGCAAGUCUGUUCACUUCAUUUGCCAAACGAAUGAGCGGAAUCAACACUUAGCAGAGUGCCUACAUGUUCCACGUAUAAUGUAAUGCAGUGAUUCUAGUGUUGUGCAAAUUCCUUCUUGGGUUUCUAUCACCCCUCCCCUUUAAAAAAACAAAUGCAACAACCCACACCAAACUAGUCCUAUUUCCUCAAAGGACUAGCUUUCAGCACCCAGUUUCCCUCUGCUGACUUCACUUGUGUGAGUGCAGACUGUGUUGGUGCUGCCAGAGGAUUGUGGCUGGAGGCCUAACCAGUGUGCAGCAGCAUCUGCUUCUCUCUGUGUGACAACAAGUUUUGUAGCAAUGUUCUUAAUCUGAUCUCAUCUCUCUCCCCCCCCCGUAGCUCCCCAGUUUUCAGCUUCCGCCACCCACUGCUGCCUGGAGGGCAGGCACAGUCCCCACUCUGUGGUUCUUUAGGUAAGGUGCUGCUGCUUUGUCUAGUCUCUCUCCCCCCACCCUGGCCAAUACAAACCACAUACAAGCUGUGGGGGAAGAAAAGGAGUCCUUCAGUUCUGUUGGGGGUAAAAGGUUAAGCAAAACACAUGCAAGUCUCUUGGAGGUCCUCCUUAAGGCGUCAUUAUCAUGACUGUCGGCAUCCCCAGGGGCUUGUUUCUGUGGUUUCCCAAGCUCUUGGUCCUGGAUAGCUGUUCAGCUUCACCCAGCAGCUGCUGCACAUUUCUCAAGAGCAACAGAGCCAUAGUAUGCCUGCCUUAGAUGGCACAAUUUUAAGAUGCUUUGGUAAAGGCGCAGUAUGCUAGAUUCAUUGCAUGAGUAAGGGUGAGCUCUGUUGAACCUCUUGUAAGGCAAUAAGGGCUGCAACCCUGUGCAACCAGAGAGGGGAAAGCUCUGCCCUUCUGGGUGCUUUGAAUCGCCUAACUUCCAUCCGGCCCAGCUGGCAUAGCCCAAGGCCAAGGACGAUGGGAUUUGUAGUCCAGUUAUGUCUGGAGGGCUGCAGGUUCCUCCUUCCUGGUUUACACCUGGAACUUUGCUUGUGAAUAGGCAUGCACAAAAUUGUACUGUGUAAACUGGCCUAUCAUGGGAAAAGAUCAUUCUGAGAAGGCAGGUUUUAAUCUACAUCUCACCUCAAGAGAUGGCCCUAGACAGCCUGAGAUAUAUCUGACGUCAUCGGAGUUUGUGCUGCUGAUGUCGUGCCCUCGUGGGCCUUUGGUGUCCUUUCAAACACAUGCUUUGUGAAGGAUCCUUGUCAAAGUAGAGCGGCUCUCCUUUUGUGUGCUUGCUUCUCCUUAUUGUGACAUGGAGGAUACUGUCCCCCAAGGACAGCCUGGGCCAACUUGGAGCCCUCCAGAUGUUUUGGGUUGUCACUCCCAUCAGCCAGAGCAAGCAUGGACAAUGGUCAGGGAGGGAUGGGAGCUGGAGUCUGAAACAUCUGGCAAGCUGCUUGGAUUCCUCCCACCCCUUGAGUUGAGGGCCUUGAAUCCUGCCACCAAGUCUCUAGGACAACCCCACUGUAUCUUCUUGUUCCUCUGAUUUGGGUCCUUUUUGUGUCCUUAGGCUCCCUGCAUCACUCCACAUCCAUGUCCCAUGUUGAGGGCUUUGGUAAACCAUGGAGCAAGAAGCAGCUCAGGUGAGGAGCACGGGGGGUGGAUUUCAUAUGGCCAGAGGAGGGGACAACUUCCCAGACCUCUGCUUAUCCACCGACUUGGGAUACAGAGUUCUGAGAAGCAGUACCAGCAGGUUGUGAGUGGAAGGUGGGCUUGGAAUGUCCCAGCUUGUCCGUCCUUCUUUUGCUCCUAAUCUUAUCGCUUUGCUCCGCUUCCCUAGCCACCCGUUGUCGCAGGCGGUCUCCUUCAGCAUCCCCUUUGGCUUGGACAGCGAUGUGGACAUUGUGAUGGGGAACCCGGUGGGCAUGCUGCGCUCUGUCAGCUCAGACAGCCUGGCCCCUGCCCUCUAUUCCUCCUUGCCUCGCUCCCCACGCCCACGGUCCACUGACGUGGUUGAGGCCCCCAAUGGCUUAGUGACAACACCGCUCCAUGGGACUGGACCCAAGGCCCAGGAGGGGCUGGCCCUGGAAAACGGGCUGAGCGACGGCUACCCCGACCUGCCUACCAUCGAGGAGGCCCUGCAGAUCAUCCACAGCAGCGAGCGCCUGCUCCCCGAGGGAGCGCCCGAUGGCUUUUACCUGCACUCUCCGGAGCCGCCGAAAACUUCUGUGCCAGAAAAGGCACCCAUGGCUGCUGUUUACCGCUGCCACAAUGGCCCCCCCAAUGGGGCCGAGCCAGCCCAGGACGGCAGCCUAGACUCAGACGCAGAGGAGCCCACACGGGCCCCUGGCGGCCCAGAUGACUCCACCUCGUGCGUCAGUUCGCUGAGCUCGCAGCCCGACAGCACGGCUUCGUCCGCCUCUGGUGUGCGCAUGACCAGCUUCGCGGAGCGCAAGAAGAAGCUGGCGGCGACAGACAGCAAGUCCAGUGGGAUCAGCUCCGAGGGCUCUGAGGUUGGGCCUGUCCCGCCAGACGAGAGCCCCGCCCAGAGCCCCGCCCUCAGCUCAGAGAUGAGCCAGCUGGGGGCGCGGCUGGAGGAGAAGCGCCGGGCCAUUGAGGCUCAGAAGAAGCGCAUUGAGGCCAUCUUCACCCGGCACCGCCAGCGCCUGGGCAAGAGUGCCUUCCUGCAGCUACAGAAGGCCCCCGAUGCCCAAGGCCAGUCGGAGGAUGGCCGGCUCGCUCUCGAGGAGCGGCUUGCCCAGCUGGAGGCCGAGGAAGAGGCCGGAAGCCCUCGGGCCCGCCUAGACAACAAGCAGGUGACCUUUUCCCCGGAAAUCACCAAGGGCGGAGCGUUGGACGAGAACCUGGGCGACUACAACCGGGCGGUGGCCAAGCUGAACACCGCCCUGAGCUCCCUGCAGCUGGACAUGCAGCGACUGAGCGAUCAGCAGCAGCGCCUCCUGCUGGAUAAGAAGCCUAGCGUGCAGGCCUGGGUGAUCCCAGCCCCAAGGACCGGCCGUGAGGGGGCUCCUCCCCGCUCCUCCCUGGAGCUGUCCUCCCCCUCGCCGUCGCCCUCCCCUUCCCGCAAGUCCCGCUCCCCUCAGCCCACCCCUAAGAAGUCUCCCGCCCCGGCUCCGCCCAAGAGCCCCCGGCACGCCCGGCCAGUGGAGCUGAAGCUGCCCCCCCUCACGCGGGUCCUGACGCCUCCCCACAACGUGGACACCCUCCCGCACCUCCGCAAGUUUUCCCCCAGCCAGGUGCCCAUGCAGACCCGCUCCUCCAUCCAUUUUGCCGAGGACGAGGAGCUGCCCGUGCCGGAGGCCCAGGGGAACUUGCGGCCUGUGGCCUCGGUGCCCCCUCAGGGGGGCAAUGGCCGUGUCUCUGGGGAUGGUACCAGUGACGUCUCCUCGCCCAGCGACCGGCGCAGCAGCCUGAUUGAAAUCCCCUUGUCCAGCCUGAAGGGGGAGGAGGAAGACGACGAUGCAGAUGGCGACGACUCGCUGGAGGGAUCCAUCACCGAGGCCCUGGACUCCGAGCCGGCCCGGGCUGGCAUGGGCUUCUACUUCAAGGUAAGCGCUGGAAGCGGAGACUGCAAACACCCAUGACGGGCAUUCUGCACUUUCUGUAGAAGAGCUUUUGGAGCAUGGGCAAGAGGCAGCUGGGUAUGGCUCGGCCCUUGGAGCCAGCCAGGGCUAGGCUGGGCUUCAGGUGACUGUGCUGCUUCGCUCUUUCUUGGCUGGCUCAAGGUAACGGGAGUAGGCAGCCUGCAGUGGGACAGGGAUUCCAAGGGGCCCCUUUUGACUGGCAGGAGCGUCUGCAGAAUGUGCAGGUGGGGUUGCUGAAGCCAAGUGCUUGAACAAAGACACUGUGUGCGUGUGUCCAACUUAAAACGGACAUCUCCUUUCUGAGAUCCUUGUGGGUCAGGGAAGAUCUUUUUUCAGACGUGUUUUUCUACUGCGCCGGCUUAAAUCACACCAGCUGCUGCUGCUCUCUAGUGGCGAUGCAGAUCUCUGCAGCAUCUUGGACUGGCCCAAAGAUAGGACCAUAAGCAUGAGCUCCAGAAGCAGAACUCAGCCUCAAAUGAAGAGAGGAUGGAGUGUGGAUCAUGUACAGAAUGACCUCUGCCAGGUUGACUUGGGAUUUGCAGUGGGAGUUUGAGGUCUCAGUUCCUGAGCUUUCUGCCAGUUUUGGACCUCAUUCUGAGGCUCGAUAAUCCUGGGACCUCCAGGCAUCGAUAAAUCACAUGAAGUUUUUUCCUUCUCUCUAUCACCCACCUUUGGGAUUCUGAUCCUAUCUGUAGGUGCUAGAAACCCCAUUUUGGGCAAGCCCUAUCUAUAGCUGGCAGGAUCACACAGGAUACAUGGAGUGGCAUUUGCAGAGGGGUUGAGAGCAGUUGGCUCCAGUCCAGAGGAAGGUAGAGAAAGAACCUAAGAGCUCUGCUGGAUCCGACCAAUCUAGUUCAGCAUCCAGUUGUCAUUGUAGCCAACCAUAAGGACAGGCCUGGCUGCUGCGUGACUCCUGUCCUGAAAGUGAAAAGUGACCCUGCAUCUUAGAGGACUCACCAACCCUUUCUCUCUACUGACUCGCUGCGUUUGUUCAGGAUGAGGCGAAGGCUGAGGAGGAAAUGGCGCAGAAGCGCGCAAGCUUCCUAGAGAGGCAGCAGCGACGCACUGAGGAGGCGAAGCGCAGGAAGCAAUGGCAGGAGGCGGAGAAGGAGAAAAAAGAGGAGGAGGCAAGGUGAGGUUGGGAUGGGGGAAGCCACAGGGUCCUUCUCAUUCUUGGCCCUCUUUGUAGGCAUGGCCAUGGUAGGUGCUUCUGCUGUGGCGGGAGGCCAUGUGCUUCCAGUAUUCCACCCCCACCCCCAGCUCUAUUUGGUUUCCCCAGUUCACAUGCUACACCGACACUUACAAAAAAUGGGUCACUCAAGUAAUGCAUCUAUAACUACUGCUUCAUUUGUUUUGUAUUGGUUCUGAUGCACUGGGAUUUCCCAUUGUGUGGAAAUGGCUCUCAUGUCACAGUGGGGCCUUGUGUGAAUGGGGCCCUUUUCACUCAAUCUUCCAGGGUUUCCACCCCCCUGCACACCCUAAAACUGGAGAGAUCAGCCCACUUGUUGAGCUGCAGUGCACUUUAGUAUGAUGUUGAAUCCUUCCUCCUAUAACUACAAAAUGUCUGCUGGGCUUGUAGUCACUUUUAACCUCUGGCUGUGUUCUUGACUGUGCUUCUCCAGACAGCGGCAGGCAGAGGAGCAGCCCCGGCAAGAGGAGGAAGUGGUGGGGCCGAGGCGCGGUGACUUCACCCGCCUGGAAUACCAGCGGCGCCACCAGCUCAAGCUGAUGGAGGACCUGGACAAGGUGCUGCGGCAGAAGCCCACCACUGUGCGCGCCCUCAAGAAGGGGCGGCCCAAGACCGUCUUCUGUGAUGACUCUGCCCUCGCGCGCAGCCCCGUGAAAGGCCUCCUUGGUAAGAGCUGUGGCUAGUUGGGAGAGGAGCUGGGCACGCUCUGCAGGGCGGCGGAAAACUUGUAAACGCAGUUGCCAUGUGUCACGGUGGGACUAGAAUGCAAAGGGACCGUGGUUCAGGAAAGGGACCACGGUUCAGGAAAGGGGAAAGGGAAAGCUGUGGCCAUAUAAACUUUGCCCCCAACUCCUGAUCAUGUGCCUGCCUAUUCCUAGGCUCCAAGCUCAGCAAGGUGUAUUCCCAGUCGACACUCUCGCUUUCUACGGUGGCCAACGAUCCUGGCAACUCUCUCUCCAUCAAGAGGUCUUCUCGGUGAGUUUGUAGUACUUCUACUUGUUACUCUUAACGCAUUAAGAGGGUACAGGGGAGAUGCAAAAACCCUGGCAGUGUGCUCUAGGGUGGAUGGGAUUUGGGUUGGCCUUCUAGCUAGUAGCAGGCCCAAGGAAAAUGGGUUUGUGCUGCGCUUGCAGAAGUUAAGGGUGAGCACUUCUGUUUUGCAGAGCUGCGUCUCCUUCUGGGCCAAUGUCCCCCAGCCGGUUGCUGUCCAACCAGAACCGGGAGCGUGACUGGGAGAACGCAUCGACCGCCUCCUCGCCAGCCUCCAUUCCAGAGUAUACGGGUAAACCUCUUGCUGUCUCAGUCCUCCCUUCCAGAAAAUUCCUGCUUUCCUCCUGUGACACUACAGAGGGGCCUCUGCUAGAUCCCCUUCUCCAAAUGCACUGGCAAAGUGUCUUGAUCUGGUGCCUGCUCUGCAAGGGCAUCAAGAGACCUCUAGAUCCUUUGCCUUGUCUUGCCAGGGCUGCCUUCCUUAGGGAGCCUCGUGAGCCUGUCUUCUCUGCUGAACUUUUCUUCUCUCUGCAGGGCCCAAGCUGUACAAGGAGCCCAGUGCCAAGUCCAAUAAGUACAUUAUUCACAAUGCACUGUCUCACUGCUGCCUUGCUGGCAAAGUCAAUGAACCCCAGAAAAAUCGCAUCCUGGAGGUAAGCUGAGGGGGCAAUAACAUGGGGUGGGAUGGCAGGUUGUUAAAUGGCUGUGGGCUGGGCAAGAUGCAUCCUUCGCCCUCGUCUUGCUGAACUGUGCACAUCAUGUAGAUAUCCUCCUCUGAUCUCUGUGAAUUUGGAAGAACAUCAUGUUGGCUCCAGCUCCUGACUCUGCAUGGGCUUUGUAGCUAUAGACGUUUGCCUUUGCUUAAUACAGCAAGGCCUCACCUUCCGCUGUUAGAAAAUAGUGGCAUAAAAGCAUCGCACUGGCUGCACCACUGAGAGAUGUUAAUCAUAGAACCCCAUGUACAAAGGUGUUUGGUCACCUUCAUUGGCUGUGAGCCUAGUGGCUGUUGAACCGUACUGUCAGAAGGUAGGAGAGCCCCCUACCCUCUGAAGAAAUCUCCCUUUUCUCAGUGGAGAUCAAGAAAAUCAUGUGCGACAGCUGCUGGCUCACAAGAACUUAGAACUGUACAUGUUUGUUGUUGGUUCUGCAGACAUUUCUAAUGUUGGAAUGUUUUAUGUGCCUCAACUUGAUUCUUACUCCUGUUUUACACGCAUCUUCCUCCCUGCCCCCCCCCCCCAUUUUAGGAAGUGGAGAAGAGCAAAGCCAAUCACUUCCUCAUCCUGUUCCGUGAUUCGAGCUGCCAGUUCCGGGCGCUGUACACCCUGUCGCCGGAGACGGAGGAACUGACGCGCCUGGCAGGCUACGGGCCGCGCACCAUCACUCUGGCCAUGAUCGAGGGCAUCUACAAGUACAGCUCUGACCGUAAGCGCUUCACGCAGAUUCCCAGCAAGACCAUGUCCAUGAGUGUGGAUGCCUUCACCAUCCAAGGACACCUCUGGCAGACCAAGAAGCCAGGCACCCCCAAGAAGCCAGGCACACCAAAAUAGCCAGGCCUUUCCAACCUCAGUCCGUCUACUGCUUUUCUCUGCCUGGACUUUAGAGCUGCUACUUGUUAGGUUGCCAGCGAAAGUUGGAUAUAUGGAACCCUACACAUAACCUUCCAAAAUGGGUGGCUUGUGUAGAUGGGUCUGUUAAGCAGGGGGCCACAUCUUGUACUGGACCAGCGUUCUCUCUGGCUGUAUCAGAGCCACACAGGAAUCUUGUGCAUAGUUCUGAUGCCUGUUCUAAGGAGACUACUUUUUUGGGGGGGGGGGGGUGUUGUUGACAGAUGCUCUGGAAACUGCCAAAUCCCAUGAUAAUCUAGAGGCUCAGAGUUGCCAUAGUGACACUGCCCUACAUGCGGCCUGUGUGCGCUCGUCUGGGCUCCUGCAUGCUCUGUCUGCCUCCAGCCACCACCUGAAUGUUGGUCCACCACCACAGCAAUGAAGGGUCUCUCUCUCUGACUCCUGCUUGCCUGGGGAAUGGGGCCCAGGCCUUCUUUGGUUCUGUUCGGGGUUUCUUGUUUCCCUGGGUGCCCCUGUUUAUAUUUAUACAUACUUAUACAUAUAUAUAUAGAUAUAUAUAUAUAUAUCUUGGAGCUAUUUAAUGAUUUUUCAAUUAUUUGUAUAUAAAAAGGAACAAAUUGCAUUUGGAACAGUGGGGCAGGGUGAAUUUGUAUAUGGAGAUAGGCAUGGUGGGGGGAGGGUAGCACAGAACAAGGUGUGUGUGUGUGGAUGGAUGUUUCCUCCUUUGGCGUUUUGUCUUUCUUCCUUUCCCCACUUCCCCUUUGGGCUUUUUUUUUCCUGCUCCCUUGUUCACAAGGGCUAUUUGGUGUAGAGAUGGGCAAGGGCUGUUUACAUGUCAUAACUUUUUAGCAGGCAUUUUGGGGGAUGGCAGGGAGCCUGUGAAUUUGGCAAGCUUCAGCUGGCCAUUCUCAUUCAAAAUAUUUGGAAGCUGGGAGUUGCUGUAGUCACAGAGCAGGCCUCUGUGGAUCCUGAACUGAGCUGCCAAAUGGAAAAAGCAAACUCCUACCUGCUCUAGGAAGAGAGCAGGCUCCAGCCUCUUCUUUCCUUCCUUCCUUACCAGUUUAGAGCUGCGCCUCUGGGCUGUAGCAGGCAUUGAAUGUAGGCUGCUCCUUCAGUUGUCCUCCCCAAGAGCCAGAGAAGGCCUGGGCACUGAGGGGCUUCUACCCUCUUUUCUUUCUCUUCUCCCCCACCCCCUACCCAGCCCACUUGCUGUUUGGGUCUUUUCCUCCGCCUCCUGCUCUUUUGGGGCUCUCGAGGCAGAGUGCAGGAGGGAGCUGGGGGAAGCCAGUCCUGUUCAGCUUGGGGUUCUGUCUUGUUCAACUUUAUUCCAGGUCUCUCGUGGUUGCUUGUUGAUGACCGAAUGUCAUGUAGGUGUUUGGGGAUACAGUAUAGUGCAGGGUUGGUGUUAAAAAAAAUUAAAAAGGCAGGUGGGAACUUUGUCCCUGGCUGCUUAAUAAAGUAACUUAAAUGAACUCUUUGCUGGUCAUUACUUUGGUGUACUUCCAUCCCACACAGAGUGGGGUGAAUAAAAGACACUGGAG